AGAGAACAUGUGCCUGCGCCAUCCAGUGGGUGUGGUGCAGAGCCGUGUACACUGUAACAGCGCAGGAGCAAAGCCUUGGAUACAGAGCAAGGCACACAGAGUCAGACAGAGAGUGUGUACAGCACAGAAUGGCUUCAUCUCAAGGGAAGAGCGACCUGCAAGCUGCAGACUGGAUGGCAACUUUACCAGAACAUAUCCACAGGGUUCCACUCACCUGUUUAGCUAUCCCAGGUAGGUACCACACACUCAGUGCAUUGGAGCAUCUUCUAUUUGCAACUUGAGCGCAGACAAGUAUCUGUGUACACCACACCGGGACUAGCUGACAUCAAGAAAUUACCCAUUUACUGCAACUGACACUAGCUGAAUGUCCAACAUGAAUACAAUGUGUUCUAUCAAAUAGAAUGUUAGAGUGAGCCAUUUCUGUAAUUGGGAUAUUUCAAUACGGGGCAGAAACAAUACAAUGUGUUCUCUAGAACUGAGGUUUUUUUUUCACCCUGUAAAUGUUAGCGUUUCACUGCUCAGCAUAAAUGCAUCAUAUUAUACAGAGUGGUCCAUUUCUGUGAAUGUAUCUUCUUACAUGAAUAGAGUGCUCUAUUUUUCCGUGAAUGGCAAAUCUCACUUUCCAGUGUAAAAACAUUAUGUUGUGUAUAUGAAUGGGUUCUCUCUGGGAUCUGUGAAUAUUGCACUAUUUGUUAUAAAUAUAGUUUGCCAAAGUGGUCAUUUUUCUUUAAAUGAGCUUGUAAAUGCUGUAUUAAAUUUGUCUAUACAUUUUAGCAGUACAAUAUCCAGUAUAAAUAAAUACCCCUAUGCAAUAGUCAAAUACACUGCUUCAUUCAGCAAAUGUCACUAUCACACUUUUCACUCAUACAUUAUUAAUCUGUAGGGAUAUAUACAUUUAUGUCUCUGAUCUUGCAGAAAAUGAAAAUGAUAGUUUUUCUGCUUCCUUGCCUAGCUCUCCAUGUCUUUCUGCCUAAUGCGAGCACAUUGUAACUGAGAUGCUGUAAGACUUGUGUGAGAAGGGCUAUGCCUGUAUCACUGCUGAUAUGGGUUACAUCAGUGCAUACAAUGAUUUUGCUAGGUGACAGCUAAUGGAUGGUGCUUGCUCUUUGUGCUUGUGCCUCAGGGGUUUCUGCUGUACCACUUGUGAAUUUGGUUAGACCACAGAUAAACAUAUGAGGAUACAGCCAUGGGAAGAUCAAACUGAAGAUGUGUUGAGAAGCCACAUGGGGUGAAAGUAGAUUAUGGUAUAUGUCAGUGAUGGACCUUUGGUACUUCAAUGUGACAACCAAAUAUCUUUAAUUUCUCUAUUCAGAAAAUAAUUUCUGAAAAAGGUUAAUGUUAGGGGUGGGAAUACAUUUUCCUGCAUAUUCUAUAAAUGUCUAAUAAUAAUUCUAAAAUUAUGGUUUGAUGAAUUGUAAGAUAAAUUUUUCCAUAUUUUAAAUCAAAACUAAUUUAUUGCAAGGUUUACUGUAGCGCAUUACUCGUUUCUAACAUUGGUUUGAACUCCUAGCUCCCACUCAGGUAAGACAUCCCUGAAGCAUUAAAUAUUCUUCUCGAGCCUCCAUAAAGUGAAGUUCGAUGCAGCGCAUUCUAAGUCAGAGAACAGAGAUAGCCAGCUGGAUCAUGUAGGCUAGAAUUACAGAAAAGAACGCUAAAUCAGUAAGAUUGACAUUAGUCUAGAGAUCUUGCUCACAAUACCAGCAAGUAUUGAUUAUUUCCCUGAAAUAAAUGAAAUCUCUCCUAUAUAUAAAAUCCCACAAAGUACUGACACAAGUCCCCUGAAAUUCAGGAUUACCCCUCCCCAAUUGGAAGCCUGUUCUAUGGUGAUAUGGACAAUAGAUUGCCUCCAGAUUAAUUAAAUGUGAAUCUUUUUUUGCCUGAAGCUAAGUUCUACUUAUAACAUUGUCUGUAACCUUUCGGUUGACGUGUGCAGUAGGCAGUAAGAUGAUAAGUAAACUCUAGGGUAGUCAAGGUUAAAUGACAAAAAGCUGGUUUUAACCUUCGAGUACCAUUUUGAUCCUCUAAAUUCUUGUUUCAUUACAGUAUUUUUAUUGUUAGUUAAAGGGUUAAUAGAUAAUAACAAGCAAACUUGAUUUGGCUAUGAAAAAUGUACAUCCUAAUUCUAAUCUAAAGCACUUUUCAUUUAUGUAUUAUUGUAUUUUAUAAUUAUAGUAUUCAAUUUUUAUAUUACAUUAUAGAUAAUAUGUAAAGAUAUAUACAUAUUUUAUAUUAAAGAGACCUUAUCAAUAAAAAAUAUGGGCUAAUAUUAUUUUAAUUAUGUUGGACUAAGGUUAUGGUUACUCAACACAACCUUAUAAAUCAAUUAUAAAGCUGUCUUAACGCUGAAGUUUAUAGAAAUAUCAAUCUUACCAAAAAAACUCGAGACAAAUGAUUCCUCUGGGAUACAAUCUGUCCCUUUCCACAGAGGUCCUUAGUCACAUUAUCUUUUCAAUCGAAUACAUUAUCCUCUACAUUAUCUUAGAACUUGUUCUAAGCUUGUAUGCACAAACAUAUGUCAAAUGGUCAGACGUGGCUGCAUGAAAAUUUAGGAGAAAGGCUAGUGCAGGCAUAGGCAACCUUCGGCGCUCCAGAUGUUUUGGACCACACCUCCCAUGAUUCUUUGCCAGCACUAUGGGUUUAAUAGCAUUAUAGAGGAUGUAGUCCACAACAUCUGGUUGCCUAUCCCUGGCUCUAGUGGAUGACUGCUCUAAGGGCUCUUACGCUAAAUAUAUCAUAUUUAUUGGCACUGUCAAGCAGCGUGUUGUAGUUAAAAGUAUAUGAACUUUUUCCGUGUUUAAGUAAGCUGUACUGAAGUUGUUUAAACAGAAUAGUAUCCAGUCAUCCCAUCAUUGUUUUGUUUCAAUUAAUGGAAAUUGGCUGUGGUCAAUACUAACCUCAUCAUAUUCAUACUAUUGAAGAGCACUUAGGGGACUGUAGUCCUCUCUAUGUAUCAAUUUAAACCUGCAGUCACUCUGGCAAUUACUCAAUAUUGAUCAAAAAGAGAAUUUUGUAAUGAUCAGUUUUCCUUACAAACAAGGGAAUGAUCAUCCAUGUGGUUAAAUCAUAAUUAAAACUACAACAAUGUAUGGAACGUUGUGGCUCAUUUUAAGUCAACAAAUAAUUUUAUCUGCUCAGUGGGUUUUUGCCCAUUUUGUGGCUUCUGCUCCUGUUGCAAGCUAGCCACCAUGAAUUCCAGUACCAUGGGAAGGUGAUUCUUUGUGAUCUGUUUUGGGACAUUUUGCAAAGGAUGCUGGGUGGGAUCUCCAGGAGCAUGGGUACUCUUUUUGGAUAGCUGGGACCAGAGAGCAGAUCACAGAGUGCCAAAAUUAAUUUUAAAAUAUCUGCUAGGCUAUAGACUAGCAGUUUGGCAGGUGCAAUGUAUAGAUAAAAUUACAUUAAUAAAAUUGAAAUUAUUAUGUUAUGCAUGACAGAGUUCCUUAAAGGAAAUAUUAGAACACCUAUUGUCUUAUUCGGUUAUUCACUUGAGAAUGGAUUGUUAGAAAUUCAAUUCCAAAUUAAUUUUGAAUGAUCAACAAUUCACACUUCAGUCAAUAAUCAUGUAAGUAGUAUGGUUUAAACACUAUACAGACAAAAAUAUUGGGACAUUCCCCCUUAAUUAUUGGAUCAUUCUGAAGAGCUAAGUGAAUUCAAGCAUGAUACUGUGAUAGAAUGCCACUUUUGCAUUAGUUGGUUCAUGAAAUUUCAUCCCUGCUAGAUAUUCCAUGGUCAAAUGUAAGUGGUAGUAUUGGAAAGUGGAUGCAUUUAGGAACAGUAGCAAUGAAGUGGAGGACCACGUAAAGUCACAGAUUGACAGAGGGGUGACCGAGUGCUCAAGUGGAUCAUGCGUAAAAGUUGCCAAUGCUCUGCUGAUUCCAUAGCUGAAGAGUUUCAAACUUCCAUUGGCAUUGAUAUUAGCACAAAAACUGUUCGGCGGGUGCUUCAUGGAAUGUGUUUCCAUGGCCAAGCAGCUGCAUGCAAACCUUGGACCACUAAGUACAGUUCCAGAUCUAGUGGUAUGAAGCACUCAAACACUGGACUCUGGAGCAGUGGAAACAUGUUCUGUGGAGUGAUGCAUCUAUUUGGCAGUCUGAUGGGUGAGUCUGGGUUUGGUGGAUGCCAGUACAACGUUACUUGUUUAAUUGCACUGUGCAAACUUUGGUGAAGGAGGUAUAAUGGCAUGGGGCUGUUUUCAAGACUUUAUCUAGGCCCUGUACUUACUGUGAAGGCACAUCUUAAUGAUUCAGCAUGUCCAAGACAUUUUGGACAAUACUGUGCUUCAACUUUGUACGAACAGUUUGUGCCCCAGUGCACAAAGCAAAGAUAUAGCUGGAUGAGUUUGGUGUGAAAGAACUUGACUGGCCUCAAACACCUUUGGGAUGAAUCAGAAAAUAGAAAUGUGAGCCCGGUAUUCUUUUCCAACAUUAGAGCCUGACGUCAUAAAUGCUCUACUUGAUGAAUGGGCAACACUUUCCACAGAAAUACUCAAAAUAUUUGUGGAAAGUCUUCCCAGAAGAGUGGAUGCUAUUAGAGCUGCAAAGGUGGGACCAACUAUAUUAAUGUUUAUGUAUUUAGUAUGCAAUGCCAUAACAUUCCCUGUUGGUGUAAUGGUCAGGUGUACCAAUUUAUUUGUCCAUAUAGUGUAAGUUGAGUCUUUGUGUCUGUUUUAAGAAUCAUAAUUUACAUGGCCCUUAAGGAUUAAGGGGAAAGGAUUAUGGUGAGUUUAAAAUUCAGUGGCUGGUUGAAGACCAAAUGUGUUCUAAUGUGUUGUAAAAAAGCAGCUGUUAAGCAUUAUUAAUAGCAUACCUUCCAACUGUGAAAGAGAUAGAAAUGGGACUUCGGUGGUGUGCUGAUAGGGGAGUGUAUCACUGAAUUUAUCCACAGGGUGUGAGUGUCCAAAAAUAGAAGAAGGGCCCAUCUGAAAAAGGAGCAUGUCAGCCUAGUGUGAAUAAACCAGGAUUAAUGGCCACCACACUGGCCAGUCCUGUUGAAGGCAGCCACACGGAGUGCUGUUGGUUUGAAUGCCCUCAGAUUGGUCUUCAUUGUGCCUUAUGGGAAUUCGGUCUCUGAGGUCCACAGAUGCUGGACUUCAGAUAGCAAAAUUUGGGGCCGCAGGACGAGAGUCCAAAUCCAUGGCUCAGACCCAAGACUGUUGGAAGGUAUGUAGUACCAAAAGACAAUAGCUCAUGCACACUACUCAUGUCCACUUUCACAAGCCAAUCAUAAUGAAGCAUUUAUCAUUUUACAAAAUGAAUACAUAGGUACAAUUAUUGCUAUUGCAUCUCCACCAGGACACAAUAAAAGGUUCGUUCACCAGAUGUGCACUUCACCUGCAAUGGCCUGAGUAAGUUGCCCUGAAGUGUUUACUCAGUAAACAGUUAAAACGAGUGAAUUGACAAUUGAAGAACAAAUUUUAGUUUUUUUUAACUGUGCAAUUUGUUUCUCAAAUUACAACAAAUAACCAUUUAGUGAAAAGCCACUUUGUGUUGCCAAGCACCUUACAACAUUGCACAUGUACAUGCAUCAUGCUUUGGUGCGUAAAUAUAGACUACAUGUAAUGCUAUCCUAUAGGAUGUUUUAAAAGUUUAUAUGUGUUAACUUGUGUUUUCCUCAUUACACCAAAAUGAAGCAAGUGUAAUUUUUUGUCAGAUAGCACGGGUGUUAAUUUUCACCGGCUAGCAUGUAAAACAACAGGGUUAGUCUCUAAAGUAUGAAUAGACAGGAAUUCUAAAUUAAUUUCAUAUAAGGUGUUAUAAUCUCUAAUUAAUCUGUUUGGGAAAUGUAAAAAAACUUACCAAUCAUUAGAUAAUGGAAAGAACCAGAAGUUGAUUUCUAGUGUUUUGACAACACGGAAACAGACCGAAAUCGCUAAAUUUAAUGACUGGGUCUUCUCAGUUGUGUCUUCUCAUUAAAAAAUAAUCAGCUAAGAAUAAGCAACAUGUUAAAUUGUUCAUUAGUAAAUAUUAUCCAAGUGACUUUACUUGUUGCAAUUCUUUUCUUUCUUUCUUUUUUUUUAAACAUAGGGGAUAAAAUUGUUUCAAAACUUAAAUGUAAAUAUACGUUGCACUUCCAGUCUAUGCUUUGGUCUAAUUUUGCAGUUAUUCCCACUAAUUAAUGUUGAGGAUAAUUUUCCCUAAACAGUGAUUUUAAGUCAAAGCUUUUUAUGCCGGAUCUUUUGAAGUCUACGAUAAAGUUUCCCCAUCGCACUAUGAAACACGUUAGACAUUUCAAUUCCAGUUAUUCUCCACUAUCCACACCACUGUAUUUUGGAUUUUAUGGAAGAAUAAAGCUCAGUUUUUCUCAUUUGCACUAUAAUCGAUUAAGGUCUUAUGUGGUUUCUGUCCCAGUGGGACCUGGCAUGAAAAGUUUUGCUUGUUCUGGUUGAAGAAACAGCUCCAUGAUCUCUGAACUAGCCAACUAAACAAGACUUUAGUUUUAACUACAAUCACUGCUUCUUCUUGUACAAACGAUGAGUUUAACUCAAAAUAACUGAGUUGGAAUGCUUUUAACUCAGCUGAGUAAACAUGAUUUUUUUACCCAGCCUGACUAUUUUGGGAUAAAUCUUAUCAAAUAAUCACAACUCACAGUUUAGUGAACAUGCCGAUUAAUCAGAACCCAAAGCUUAGAACAUAAGUUUAUCUCAGACAACCUUCUUUGUGUUUAUUCAGAGUGUGCGUUUGCAUUUCUUUGUUAACCUUGAUAAAAAAAAAACUAAUCUCAUUAUUUUCCAGGUAGAAUUAGAUUGACACAAAAACAUAAUAUAUUCUGCUUUAGAUUUGUGAUCUAACUAUGUAUUUGCAAUAUGAUAAUUGAUGUUUAUUAAAUAUAUGGUAAUAAGCUUGAUAUGCCGCAUUUCUGAAAAGACAAUUAGCAGCUGGAAAAUGCAGCUGCUGUUUGACAAUACUGUCGAUAGAAAAAUCUUUUUUGGGGGGUUUUGCAAUCAUUGCUUCAAACUCAUUUUUUUUUCUUAAAGAGAAUAAUGACCUCAAAUGAAAAAAACAAGUUAAAACAAUUAUCUGUUUGUAAAUUUGCCUGAUCGGCCAUAACAUUAAAACCACCUGCCAAAUAUUGUGUAGGUCCUUUUUGUUCUGCCAAAAAACCUCUGAUUCACCAAGACUCCACAAGACCCCUUAACGUAUCUUGUGAUAUCUGGCACCAAGACAUUAGCAACAGGUCCUUUAAGUCCUGCAAGUUCUGAGGUGGGGUCUCCAUGGAUCAGAUUUGUUGUUGCAGCACAUCCCACAGAUUCUUAAUCAGAUUGAGAUCUGGAAAAUUUGGAGGCCAAGGUGACACCUUGAACUCUUUUGUCAUGCUCCUCAAACCAUUUCUGAACAAUUUAUGCAGUGUGGCAGGGUGCAUUAUCCUGCUAAAAGAGUUAGCUGCCAUCAGGGAGCAGUAUUGUCAUGGGGGGGGGAGGUGUACAUGGUCUGCAACAAUCUCUGGGAAGUGGUACGUGCUAAAGUAACUUCCACAUGAAUUCCGGGACCAAAGAUUUCCCAGCAAAACACUUCAUGGAGGUUAAUACUGCCUUCACCGGCUUGCCUUUUUCCUGUACUGCAUUCAGCGGCCAUCUCUUCACCAGGUAAAUGAUGCACAUGGACCCAGCCAUCAAUGUGAUAUAAUAGAAAAUCUGAUUCAUUAGACAAGGCAACCUUCUUCCAUUGCUCUAUAGUCCAGUCUUGACAUUGACAUCCCCCUUUGAAGGUGCUUUCAGCAGUGGACAGGGGUCAUCAUGGACACUCUGACUGAUCUACGGCUAUACACCCUCAUAUUCUGCAAACUGUGAUACCCUUUGUGAUAUCUUUCUUAAUAGCCAAUCAAUAAGUAUUUCAGCAAUUCAAGCUACAGUUGCUCUUCUGUGUAAUCAGACCAGAUGGGUUAGCCUUCGCUCCCCACGUGUAUCAAUGAGCCAUGGCACCCAUGACCAGUUUCCAAUUUAAAUAUAAAUAAAGAAAGAUGUCUUGUCACUCAAUGAGAUGUUAGUGAGCAUUCUUUAUUGAUUCAAAGCAAUAUUUUAGCUCUCUGCUGGAACCUUUAUGAGGCAUAAUGUGCACAUCAAACAUAGAGGUAUUUAUAGGGCAAACCAUUAACAAAAAAAUCAAAUACAUAAGAACAGAUAACAUAAAAAUCAAUUAAUUACAAAAUUACUCUCAGUUAAUCCCUGUGUUAGCAGUCCGUGGGAGGUAUUCAGUGUACAAAGAAAACGGAAGUUACAUCAUAAAUAAUGGUGUCCUUUCCUUUAAUCGGAACAUUUAUUUAUACCAUGCUUCAAAAAUAAUAGUCUCUUGGAAAUAUAAUCAAGAGAAAACAGCAGUAUCACUAAAGAUCCACAGCAUGAACUAUGGUACUUGGAAUGGAUAAACAAACAUUGUUACAACGAGAAGUAUCGAAAUUGUGAAACAGAGACACAUUACAUUUAUAUCUUAAGGAGAGGAAGAUAUAAGCAACAUCAUGGGGGUUUCAUGGUCCAUGGAUAAAGCAGUAGAGACUUCAGACUUCUUGGAAAUUAAAUAGCAUGAUGUAGAUUACCUACAAGUCUUUUGAAAAGCACCAGCAGUUUUAAAGCCAACACGUAGCAUAUUCCAGGAGUUAAGAGGACAAAUAGACAUAUGUUCUGAUUUUUAUUGACGAUGUAACAAUCUGUUUUGAGCUAGAAGGAGCUCUAAUCAACUAGAGAUAAAUUAAUUUACAUCGCUUAACACCUUGGCAUUCAAAUCAAGAGAGAAAGUUAUGAUGAGCUUUAUCUAUCCCAUUAGAGACAGAAGAUUUCUAGGAGAAAUCUCAUUUCCUCGAGUCUCAAUGGAUGAUGUUUUUUUUUUAAAGUCUAAUGAAAGAGCAGCUUAACAUAGAACUGUGUAUAAUGACUCUGCAAACCUAUUUGUAGAAAUUGUUAAGUGUCUUCUAAAAAGCUUUCUUUCCUAGCAUAAAUAGUAUAAAUCUUUCUGUCCAUUCUUUAAAACUAAGAUCUAUUUAAUGGUUGAAAGUAAAGAUGCUCAUUGAGCAUUCCAUCACACUUUAAUAGGUGCAUUCAAGGUUCUGAAGAAUUAUUUUUUUCAAAACAUCUAAAUCCGUUCAGAAUUAAUUAAGUAUGUUGAAACAAUUAAAGAGAACAAGAUGAUACAUGAUUUCCAAGGAGAGUUCCACGGCAUACAAUUCUUGGAAAUGUUUCUGCUGGGAUUUUUUUCAUCUAAUCAGACUGUGAUAUUUUGGGUUGAUUUGUUACUUAAAAUAAUGUAACGCUGCUUUUUAAGCAUAUGAAAACAAUUUGCUUACCCCCAUUAUUUUUGUCCUUCUAAAUAAUAAUGAAAUUAACCACAAGAGUUUCAGUUGUCUCUAUAAAUGUAACCCCUUAAGGACACAUGACAUGUCUGACAUGUCAUGAUUCCCUUUUAUUCCAGAAGUUUGGUCCUUAAAGGACCACUCUAGGCACCCAGACCACUUCAGCUUAAUGAAGUGGUCUGGGUGCCAGGUCGCUCUAGGAGUAACCCUUUUUUUUUUAUAAACAUAGCAGUUUCAGAGAAACUGCUAUGUUUAUAAUAGGGUUAAUCCAGCCUCUAAAGCCUCUAGUGGCUGUCUCAUUAACAGCCGCUAGAGGCGUUUGCGUGCUUCUCACUGUGAAAAUCAAUGCUUUCCUAUGAGACUGGCUGAAUGCGCGCGCAGCUCCUGCCGCGCAUGCGCAUUCAGGCGAAGAGGAGGAUCGGAGGCAGAGAGGAGGAAGAGAGCUCCCUGCCCGGCGCUGGAAAAAAAGGUAAGUUUAACCCCUUUCCUCUCCCCACAGCCCGGGGGGAGGGGGUCCCUUAGGGUGGGGGCACCCUCAGGGAACUAUAGUGCCAGGAAAACGAGUAUGUUUUCCUGGCACUAUAGUGGUCCUUUAAGGGGUCAAACACCUUUUUUAUUUAUAGUAUUUUUUUUCUUUAUAGCUUGCCAAUUUUUCCUAAAUGUUUCCAUGUGGACAUUAGUUUUCUAAAAUGAACAGAAAAUAUCUACAGAAUACUCAUUAGCUUGAAUUCCAACUCUCUCUCCUUUGGUUGGGAGGUGAAUAUACAUUGCAUAUCUGAUCCACAUGAGCCUUGACUAUUGUACAUUACAAGCUAUAUAUUUUAUAUUCAUUAAUCAUUUAUUAUUAAUUAUAGUGCAUUUUUUUGUUUUUGCACAAUUCACUUUUAGCCCUAUUUCCAACAACCUGGACUUAAGAUUUGGUGUUAAUUAUAUAAAGGAACAUUGAAUGAGAAAGGUAUUCAUCAGUUAUAAACAUCUAGUGGUUUUCUUAAUUUGAGUAGUUUUGUAACAUUUUAACAUCAAGUUUUUUCAAUAGUUUUAAAGUGUGAAAAAGGAAUACAUCGAUAAAUAAAAUGUAUACACAAUAAUACAUUGGGCAGUUUAAAUGAACAUAAUGUAUGUUUAAUCAGGAUGAGGAAAUACACUGAAAUCUUGACAGUUUAGCACUUGAAUAGGCAAUUACCCCUUGUUUGGCUAGGUGGGUGUAAGUGUAUAAAUUAUACAGAUUAGACACAAUGCAGCCUUCGCUCCCCUGGACGUCUUCAAUUAAGAGUAUUAUUUGCACCAUGCACAAUAUAGGCACAUUAGGCUUUUUAAUGUUGCACAUAGAGGAAAAUUAGAUGAAAUUACAGAGUAAGUUUUAUCUCCAAAUACAUCUAUCAUAAAACAAAAGAAAUUUUUAAGGUGUCACUGGAGAAUACUUUAAAUGGCUAACAUUUGAUGGUUUGGAAAUAAGCAAUCAAAUGCAAAGUGCAGUAUUAACAGUAACACUUUCUUGGGAGAAAUUAGUAAAAAAAGAUUUUUUUCCAUAAAAAGCUGGAUCAUAAAUUACUGGGAAGUGCAGCAAUAAAGGUUUGUUUGUACACUAAUUUAUACAUAGUAAUAUCUCCUAAUGUAAAUAUGCAUAUUUUUUUUGUUCUUUAAUUGAGAGCAUACUAGAGGUGGUAAUGAUAUGAAAUGAUGUAAUAUGACUGAUACUAAGACUGGCCCCCAACCGUGGGUUAUUGACAAUGGAUACAGCAAUGUAAUGGAUUCUGUUUUUUGAAUGGAAGCCUCGAGAGCGGUAAUGGGUAUGAAAUGUUGCUUCUGUUUGUCAUUUUCUGUCACAUUAAAAUCUAGAAAGUUCCUUCACAGCAAGUGAUAGUUAUAUGAUCUAUUUAGGGUAAUUAAAUAUGAUACAUCACUCAUUGGUCAUUAUUUUUCGUUAAAAAAUGGCGCCACUGAACUAGAGUGCUUUUAAGUUUUCUGCUAAGUGGAAAUCUCCAAAAACGAUAUAUUGUAGUGUUAGCCUAUUUUCUGUUAUAAAUCAAGAGUAACCUAGAUAAAUCAGAAUGUAAACUUGUCAUAGCCCAACAGUAUGCAAAUGUCAAUGGAAUAAUGUGGAUAUGGAUCUCAAGGGCAUACUAAUUCCUAAGAUAAUACUUUUUACCAAAGCUGGUUAUGUUACUCUCACGAUAUCAAGAAUCCAACAUGACAUGUUAGGUAUGAAUAGGUAAGAUAGAAAGGUGUAGACUUACGGUGGCCAGCUUCAUGCGUAAGACUUUGAAGAAGUUAACCUGGAAAACAGCAACACAGUGUGGGGACAAGAGUAGAUUUAGGUUACCAGAGAAUCAUUUAAUUGAGUAAAAUAAAUGAGCCAAGGAAUACAGAUAAUGACAGAAUGAAAAAUAUGUAGCCAGCUUUUACACAAAAAUGUUUAAGGAUGCAGGAAAAAAAGAAAAUAGAAAUGGAAAGGGUGCCCUAACUGGAGAGGUGAGUUUGCAUAGUGAUAGCAACUGAUUCCACCAACUUGCAUUUGAAUGGCAAUACUAGAAAGUGAGUCUUAAGUGAUGUUCCAUUGAUACUCUAGGAGGUGUGGAUGGAAGUUGACUCAUGGGUCAAGGGCUUUAAAUAAUGGAGAGCAGUGGAAUUGCAGUUUGGCACAGGGUGUUGGAAGAAGGGAAGCACACAUGAGUAAUAUGUUCCAUGACAGUUACGUAUCAGAGAAAUUGUCUAAUUAAUAGAGGAUUUUUGAAGAAUAAAUGUUUGAUAUUUAAAGCACAGCCAAGCCAAUAACCAUGUAUGUAAUGGUUUAUAGGAUGUACAGUAUCUCACAAAAGUGAGUACAGCCCUCACAUUUUUGUAAAUAUUUUAUUAUAUCCUUUCAUGUGACAACACUGGAGAAAUGACACUCUGCUACAAUGUAAAGUAGUAAGUGUACAGCCUGUAUUACAGUGUAAAUUUGCUGUCCCCUCAGAAUAACUCAACACACAGCCAUUAAUGUCUGAAUCGUUGGCAACAAAAGUGAGUACACCCCUAAGUGGAAAUGUCCAAAAUGGGCCCAAUUAGCCAUUUUCCCUCCCUAGUGUCAUGUGACUCGUUAGUGUUACAUGGUCUCAGGUGUGAAAAAAUCAUCACUUCAUUGAGGCAUUUAUAUUGUUUAACAUUGAUAAGUUUGAAGUACAGUUUACCUCAUUUUUUUUAUUUUUACGAUUGCUACAUGACAAUAGUUUGGAUAACAUUUGGAAAAUUAUUUUUUUUUUACAGUGAUGUGAUGGAACUCAUUUAGAUCAUUAGAAUAAAUAAAAAAAAAAAAUAAAGAGAUAUGUAAUUGUUGGCUACAAAGUAUAUCUUCAUAAGUUUUAGAAACACAAGUCACCAGAUAUUAGCCUACCAGCAAUAAUUUCAUAUAUUUAAUUUGCACACUGGAACACUUUUUCUGCCACCAACACAUAUCAACAAAAACAGCAUAUGCCACAAACAAAUACCAUUACACGUAGAAUUAAUUUCUGCUACUACUAGCUACCAACACAUGAAGGACUAUUACCUGCCACAAGCAGUGACCCACAAUCUCCAGCUUAGUCUAUGACACCCCCACAUAUCAAAAUACACAGAGCCAGACUCUGUACCUGGCAAAUGCAAUCAGUCACAUAACUACCCUCUAUCUCCAGUACGCAAGGAUUCACAAUUCACAUCCUUAGAACAUAUGCAACAGAUCUUUUAAAAGCUGUUUACAUUUAUAUCACAGAUGGAAGUCAAAUGGGAUUUAGUCACACUGUAUAGUCAUAUCAUUGUUUAGAUCACUAUUAUGUGACACUAACCGGGAUUAGCACUAAGCUUCAAACAGACUCCAAAACUCUGUGAAAUUCCAUGAAUUUCCCUCAUAAUAGAAAAUCUGAUUAUUAGUCAACAACAUUCAGGGCAUUAAUGGUAAUUAUUCUGCUCAUAUGAUUUUGAGAAAAUCACUGUCUGCUAAAAUUGGCAGAAAAUGGUCUCAUACUUUGUAUGACCUUUGGAUAUUUAAAAAGGCAAUUUACUUGCAGAAAUGUUUCCAGAAUGGUACAGUUGGGGGCGUAUUCAGGGAUUUACGUACACUUGUAAAAAGUUUGCCCGCUGGCCUCACAGGCGGGCAGAUAGUUGAAUAGUCGGAUGAAGGUGAUAAUAGUUGCAUGCCUUUUGAAUUAUAUAAAUCCAUAGAUGAAUGGAUAUAUAUGGUAUAAAUCAGAGGAAAGGACGUGUACAAUGUGUUUUCUGAUCCCAUCGCCAACCAAGUAAAGUUUGUGAAGUCUCAAAAGGAGUUUAUGAUUGUCCAAUAGAUCCCUGCUCAAUAGGACUGUGCCCAGGCGUAUUCUGAUACAAUGCCAGGGAAUACCACUUCACCAGCAUUGAAUUAACAGUACAAUCAUAUCCCAUGCUCAGAAUAAAUACAAAUCUUUAUAUUUCUUUAUUUAGAACUCCCAAGUGACAGGUAUGCUUUAAUUAUUCCUUAACAUCCAUUCUUUUUGGCCUACUUUUAGCCUUUUAAUGUGCACAGCCCUGUCCUUGAGUAAACCCAUUCUCUUCCUAAACAGAGAUGCAUUGAUUGAAAACUGCUUUCUCCAACACAAGGACUGCACUAUAGCAUGUCAGCCCAUCUAAUAUUAAUCUUGAUGUGUUCAGAAUGAGGUGAUGGAGAUGUAGCCAUUCAGUUUACCAUACCUGUAUAAACUAAUAUGCAGUUAUAAGUUAUGAUCUACUACCUACCCCGCCAAAUAAACACACAGUCUGCCUUCAUUCUCUACUACUGAAAAUAAUCCAUAAUCCACACAACAAUGUAAAGUUUAAAGGGUCACUAACUACCUUUUUAAUAAAUAUUGAAGAUACUACAAUAGAAAAAUAAACAUAUGUUUAUUAGGAAACAUGUUUGGAGGAAAUCUGAAAUAUUUACUCCAUUGGCAGUGUUAUUUUCAGAGAUAGGGAUGGGACGAUACUUGUUAUUUCUGUAUGCCUAAUGUUUUGGAAAAUGCUAACAUAUGAUCUCUUUCAGCAGUGAUAUCUGCAGUGUUCAGAUACAGUAAGUGGACAAGGCCUCUCAUUCAAUCUUGUACCACCCACUGAACAGCAGCAAUUUGCAAUGGUUGCCAACUAAUAUGUUAAGAUAGCCCAACUUAUUUAUUAUCCAUUAGAGUUCAAAACAGAGACGUACCUCGGUUACAUGGUACCUGAGGCAAAAAUGUAAUUUGCCCCCAUGAACUGUAGCUUUUCUUUUGUAGUGUCUCAUUAAGCACACCCAAAAACCCAUUUUUGUAUUAGUAAAAUUACCUACUCACAUUUAUAUACACCUACAAUUUAUAUACAUAGACAUUCUCAUUCACACACACACACAUUCAUAUACACACACAUGGACAUAUACACUGACAUUGAUAUACCUACACAAAGACUCAUUGCUGGUGGGGGUGAUGUGCAGUAGAUUGCCACUAUGGUGAAAUGAGGAGUGCACAGAGAACUAUCUACCACUUGUCACCCAGGGAAGACCAGCCCUCUCUUCCCCCCUCCCCACGCUUAUUAUGCCAUUGGUCCAAUAUAAUUUAUUUCUGGCCAUACCAGCACCCAUACAGUUUGCAUACAUUGAAGUGAGCCAGCCAGCAUAACCAAAACUGAGACGUAUACGUGUCUGUCAUAAUUGUCUUGAUUAUAGGGCUUAGAUGUUACCCUUGCAGACUUGCAAAUAGAAAUAAUGCAAUUUUUUGAGAAACAGUAGUGUUCACGUUUUGCAUUUUCCACCUCUCUUAUGGGCUGUCAUUCUACUACUGGCUUUCUAUUAGAGUGUUCCUUUAAUAACUCAUAUAAAACAUUACCUUCCAUGCUAUGAACUGCAAACUUAAGAUAGAAUUCUUUGUAUAAAAAAAAUAUUUAAGCACCUAGUGAUCUCAUAAACAGAGAAAUGUUAGUUCUUUGUUGGUUUAAAGAGGACCAAAUGACCUCACAGUUCUAAUAUACAACAAUUCAAAAACAAAAAAGCAAUUAUCUGCUGUGUUACUAAAGAAUAGCAAAACACAAGACAGGGUAAUCAUUAUGAAAAAAGUAGAGAAAGGCAGAUGUUACCUUCCCAUGUCAGAGCCCUCCUUUACUUGUCAGUCAUCAUUCAUGGCAGCUGUCCUCGUCUGCAUUUUCUUGCAUGAUGUGUUGUAAGUGCUUAUGACAAUGCUAUGCAAAUUCAUAAAAAUCUUUUGUAGAAGAUGCUGUCAACGUGAGCCUUACUGCAGGAUCUUCCAAUGAAGCUUAUUUUUUAUUUGUAUGCAUCCACGAAUAGAAGUAGCGACACAUUUCCCGGGAAUAAUGGGGCAUUGUAAUUCUGAAACAUAUCUGUUGUUAUUCUCACUCCCUUUUCCCAAUUACACUUGUAAUUGUCUAGUUUAUACUUUUUCACAUUUUAUCAAUUUGUAUUUGGAAUUGUAUUUGUAUUUUGUAAAUGUAAUUUGCCAAGAGAGGAAUGGAGGCAUUUUCCCUACAACUCACUAACUCUAACAUGACUUAAAUACAAAAAGGAUACCCACAGUUUCUCAGAAAAGGGAACGAAGCAGAAGAACAUUAUCAAGCAGGAAGAAUCCCAGAAGAAAAUAAUGAAGCAGAAAGCUCCCACGAGGAUAAUGAAAGACUAUAAAGCUUCUAGAAGUUGAGGAAGCAAUAGAACAUCUUCAAAAGCUUUAAAACCAUGUACGGAUUCAUUCUUAUUCAAGAAGGUCUUCUUCAAUACGAAUGACUCCGUACAUGGUUUUUCAAACAUAAAAUGACUAAAUAGAUAAAUAUAAAACAUAGAAAGAACAUAACUACUGUUUUUCAUAAAGGGGAUAUGAUAGUAAACUUUCCCAAGAAUACAAUGAAACAUCUACAAGCAUUCUAGAGAAAGAGUGUUUUAGUAGGCUUUUCAGGAAAGUCACAUAUGGAAACAGAGUUUCUAGAGUGUGAAAAGAAAGAUCACUAAGGAUUUCACAGAAAUACAAGAUGGCGGUAGAAUUUCCAGGGUGCAGACGGAGGCAUUUCUAGUCUUUACAGAGAUAAAGGCGUUAAGAUUUAAAGAAAGGUAAAAGUUGCCAUGGUUUUUUAAGAUUUGAAGAAAACAGAACUGUUCACGGAGCAUAAAUAGUGAAUGGCAUAGGUUGACUUAGAGUAGACGUAUUGUGGCACAAACACUAGUUGAUUAGGUUUAAAAAAAAUAAAUAAAUAGAAGGACCCUGCUACCUGUGAAAUAAUAUGUCCCUCUUUGGAUGUCUAUGGAGUUCCUCUAACAGGCAAAUAAGUAUAAAAAUAAUCUACUAGUUUGGUUUAUCAAAUCCCUGUUCUCUCCCAUACGUGUAAAGUGAGAGUAAGGAGGGAAAAAUCAAGGGAGAAUCUCAUAGGGUUAUACUGUUAAAUCAAGUAAAUUUAUGUAAAUCAAAGAAUUAAAAGUUAGGGUGGCCUCUCACAUUAGCUUCAUAUUUUUUUGAAUAUCACUCCCAUUAGAGAGUUACCAAUGCCUUAUGUUCGACCUGCCUGCAGAUUCUGGGUUGUGUUCCUUCAAUUCCCAGUCUCUAAGCACAUGUAAGUUUUGUAAGAGUACUGGCACCCGGCAACUCUGUUCCACCACUUCAAGGGCUUUUUCAAUGAUGCAAAAUUGCUGUAAAUCCUUAGUAGUCUAAACACAAUUACCACAAUAUGCCAAUGUAAUGGUAAUGGUGCUGUUAGGGUGCAGGUUUUGGGUAUAUCCAUUUUCAAGCAUCAGCUGAUGUGCUCAGGACACCUCAAUAUUGGCUAGAAUUACUAAUGUUAUUGAAGAACUGGGACUCAGCCUAUUUGCAAGAUAACCACUACAUUGGCAUGUAAUGUUUAUGGUAGUUAAAUACCUCUCUAAUCUUUCUUUCUGUCCUGAUUGAUUAUUGUACUUUUUUCUUUUAAGACUGGUUAAAUAUAUGUUUUUACUUCAAGUUUAGCCAUAUAGAGUAAAACACUUCACAUACUCCUUGCUGGGACUAAAGUGGCUAAAAAUUCACUUCAUAUAGGAUACAAAUGCGAUACAAAUACUAAUGUGCACAAAUCUCACUUUUAAUAAGAAUGAGAUAAUUAAUUACUAUCACAUGGAGAUUUGCAGCUACAGAGAGAAUGCUCAUUUUGUAUUUUGUUAGAAAGUGCUGUCGGAAGGAACACCUAGUUUAUCUUAUAGUUUGUAUAACAUGUAACUCAGCCUACAUUCAUUUUCAUAGAAACAUAGAAACAUAGAAACAUAGAAUGUGAAGGCAGAUGAGAACCAUUCGGCCCAUUAAGUCUGCCCAAUUUUCUAAAUACUUUCAUUAGUCCCUGGCCUUAUCUUAUAGUUAGCAUAGAAUUAUGCUUAUCCCACGCAUGCUUAAACUCCUUUACUGUGUUAACCUCUACUACUUCAGCUGGAAGGCUAUUCCAUGUAUCCACCACCCUCUUAGUAAAGUAAUACUUUAUUUUAUGUCAACACCAAAGGUCAAACUGCGGCGUGUCUACUCUUUUAAAAAGCACAUGGACUGAUUGGGAGGGGGUUUCCUCUGGAACCAGAUUUGGACCUUAGAUAGUUUCAUUACCUUCUUCCAAUCUUCAUGCUACAUUCUAAGUGGCAAUCCAGAGAAGAGUUUCUUUAGUAAAGAAAGUGAAGAGAAGUGUGAGUCUGUAAUUGCAAAACAGGGUCCAUAAUCUCUUAUAACUACACUUUGUUCUAAGCCCUAACCAUAAAAGAAUGAACAAUGGAGUAAUCAUUCAGCAUGAGCUGGACUAGAGUUAGAGCCCCAGACUUUGUUGAAUGCAGGCUUUAAUCAGCUGGUUUCAGUUUGAAUAUUUUCUAAAGUAGGGUUCUACAAUUUACAAUUUUGCUUAGAAAUAUAUCAAAAUUAUUAAACAAUUCAAUUGAUAUGCCAAGACACAAAAACAUAUGAAAGAGAAAGAGUAUACUGUUGUAUGAACAUUUUAUAAUGCAUUCUUAUUGUUUUAGUUUGAAGCAAAAAAAAUGGCCAUGAUCAUAUUUAAACUUAACAGUAGUCAUGUUUAAGGCUCACUCGAGUCACCUAUGAUCAGCUGCGAAUUCUAAUAAUGUUUAAAAGACAGCCCACUGCGCCAUAAUACCAACAGCAUUAUUUGUUAAUAGCUUUUAUUGAUUUUCAAGAACACGCUGUAAUUUUGAAUCUUAUUUGUACUAUUUUAUGUUGUGUCUGACAGCAAAUAAUUAGGAAUUCAGUUGGUGUCCUUAGGUCUCUUACGAGGUGAUGGCAGAAGAACCUCUUUUCAUUCCAUUUACAGGAUUCAUUAUUUUCCAAAUACUUUAAGCUAUUCCGAUUACUUUCACUCGGAGUAUUAAUAUUUCAAAUGAAAUAAUAUGAUUGAAAGCCAUAUAUCAAGCAAUACUCAUUCUCUGAUUUUUCCCUUUAUCGCAUAUUAUCUUUGAUUGGGUCAUUGAGUAUGACCAAAUAUUGAAAAGAUAUGUUUGUAGCACAAUAUUACAAAAAUACAUUAGGAUAAUUCAUCUGCUCCUUUUUUUUAACAUCCUAGGUACAAUAACAAACUGUGAGAACAAUUUUCUCAGCUAAGAAUCCUGAAGACACACUGUCUCCUAGAUCAGUUAGGAAGCUGAUAAUUAUUUUUGCUUUUCUCGAAUGAGAUUCACAAGUGGAUAAUUUGUAUCUCAGUUCUAUUCGGAAACUACAAAUAUUAUUUUAGCAGGUUAGAUACAUAAUGAGAUCCAUAAGGGUACUAAAAGAUCUCUGCUAUUGUGAUAAGGCUGAUUAAUAUUUAUUGCCCCUUGCCUUGAAUGGAUAGUUUUUAUAUUAGGUUUGUGUAUUAGGAAACUGCCUGAUCACGAAGUAGGUGAGAAGAUGCUUGAAGAGAACACAUGUAUUCAAUUUCCAUCAGAACUAACUGAAAGUUUUAUGGAGCAACCAUCUGCUGAUAAUAGAAAAAGUGAGUAAAUUGGUGGCUGCACAUAAUAUUUACUAUUACUGUUAUCUAUUUAGUUUCCUUCUAAUAUAUACAUACAUUUAGUCUGUAUGCUUCAUUUUAUUAUUAUUAUUAUUAUUAUAUAGCGCCAACAAAUUCCAUAGCACUGUACAAUGGGUGGACUAACAAACACGUAAUUGUAACCAGACAAGUUGGACACACAGGAACAAAGGGGUUGAGGGCCAUGCUCAAUGAGCUUACAUGCUAGUUUUUUCUUUUAUUCAUUUUUUUUCUUUUUCAUUAAAUUUUUUUUCAUUCAGUUACGUCUUCUUUAGGCACAUCUUCUAACAUUGGGUAGGACCACCUUUGCAUCCAGAACAGCUUAAAUGUUUCACUCUCUCAAUUUAAUAUGCUUGGAAACAUUUCUUCGUUUUGGACCCGGUUGGCAUAAUGACGCCAUUUGGUUAAUGCAGAUUUAUUAGCUAGAUAUUCAUGCUGCAAUAAUGUGGUUAUAAGCUUGGCAUUAUGUCUGCUUUGUGUAUUGUUAUAUUUUCCUGCUGGAAGUAUACAUUAGCAAUUGAGUAGACUGUGAUCUUAGCAUUACACAUAGGGUUAUUGGGGCUUUUCAACAAUAAUUGAUAUGAAGUGGCCUAAUGUGUACCAUGAAAAUAUCCCCAAUACCACCACCAGCCUUGACCAUUCACAAAAGGCAGAAUGUUUCCAUGGAUUCAUGUUGUUUCUGCCAACUUCUGGCCAUACCAUCUGCAUGUAGUUGAGGAAACUGACGAGGAUAUUAUUCCAUCUUCUUCUGUCCAUUUCUUGAUGUUUCUUUGCCCAUUGUAGCUUUUGUUUUCUUUUCGUAGCUGAUAGAAGUGAAAUUCAAUGUGGCCUUCUACUGGUGUAGCUUAUUCACUUAAAGGUUUGAGAUGUUGUGCGCUUUUUAAUAGCAAUGUCUGGCAAUUACAGUAUUUAUUUAAAUAUAUAGUGCCCGGAGAUGACAUCAGCAUCAUAUGCCUGCUUGACCGCCUGCUGCUGACAGAUAUCCAAUUACGAAACCUUAAAAGCAAUAACGUGUGUGCUUGAGGGCUAUUCAAUAAAGUGUGUGCUUGUGGGUUAUUAGAAUAAGGACACACGCAUGGGAAGGAGAGGAGAGGGUAAUACGCGAGGGAAGGAGGGUAUGAGAAGAGAGAAACAAAGCUAAGAGGGGAAAGAAAAUAGACGAAUAAGGGGGAAAGACAAGGGAAGCAAAUGAGGGAAGGAGGGAAUUAAGUAGAGCAAAAUGUCAUGGGGAAAAGAGGAAUAUAGGGAAAGGGAAAGAAGAGUACAUGUAAUGCACAGGUAAAUAAACAGAGGCUAAUAAAGGGCCUUGCUAAAACAGGGGGUCAGCGCCACAUCGGGUACUGUGGGAAAUGGUGUGUGUGCAAGACACCUAAUGGGGAUAGGGAAACAAGAGCUGACAGAUGUGUAAGGAGGGAUCAAAAGACACAAGGAAGGGUGCAAGAGACAAAAGGGGUAAGAUAUUCAAGUGGCUGUUCUAAUUUUUUGCAGUUAAAAAAUAGGGGGACAUAUUAUUUUUUGUUUAUGUGACUCAAUCUUCCCAUUCUCCCCAACUACUCUUGUAACCAAUGCAUUUUCAUUCCCAAAACUGCACCUAACUGUAUGGUUUUGAGAGUUUUUUCCUCACGUUCAAUAAUAGAAUGCUUUUAACCCCUUAAGGACACAUGACAUGUGUGACAUGUCAUGAUUCCCUUUUAUUCCAGAAGUUUGGUCCUUAAGGGGUUAAAGAAACUUCCAGGAGCACUGCAGUUUUAGAGACAUGAAAACCACCGCGUCUGGUACCAACAAUCAUUCCAUAGUCAAAUCUUGGAUGACAUAGACAGCUAGCUGGUUACGUGCUUAAAUAAAUAGGUUUACAUGUGUAACUAAUAAAGUAGUCACUGUAUGUAUCUGAUCUGUUUAAUUUCAUUAUGUUAUGUGACCUUUACAAAAGACAUAGCCUUUAUUUAGUAUUACUCAUGGUUGGUGCAACAAUUUCUGGCUGAAGAGGCAAAGAUGUAUUUUCCCCCAACUAAAUAUGCAUUUUUGCUUGUAGGCCAGUUUGCCUCUUUUUCCCCUUUUGUGUAUCUUACCCCAUUUUUGUGUCUGACCCACAUUUUGAGUAUUGUGUCCACGUUAUUAUUCCUACCUAUGCAUUUCCUUUUUUUCUAAUUGCUUACCACCCCUUGUGCUUCUUGCCACAUUCCUGUUUGUGUUUCUUUUCCCACCUCUGGAUAUUUUCAUAUCUAGAAAUUGGUGAAAGACUAUUAGCUAGGUAUAAGGUAGCUAGGCAUCAGGCAUAGCAAGAUAAGGUGAGAAACACUGUGGUAAGACACGCUUGAUUUCUAAUUAUUGUAUUGUAGGAAAGUAAUUGAAAGAUUAUGGUAAAGUGUUAACCUUUUUUAAUGAAAUGCUUCAUUUUCUUUUAAAUGUAUUUUAAAGAUUUGAAACAACAUUAUAAUUCAGUUCAGAUCAAGCAAAUAUUGGACAUACAUUACAAAGAAAGAGGAGAAAUGAAAUAUUGAACACAUACAAAUGAAUGCCUACAGAGUAUAGUAAAAAUGUAACAAUAUUUCUGUUUCACCUCAUCAUUUGCUCUGUGUGCCGUUGUUGUGUCUGGACUGAAAUUGCUUGUAUUGUAAUUUGCUAAUCCUUUUAUAUAUAUAUAUAUAUAUAUACAUACAUACAAUGUAACACAUGAUUUUAGUGGUUUAUUUUAUGGUGAAAUUUCCAGAAUAGGGAUAGUUCCUUUUUAUAGGAUAAAUGCAAUUCACAUUUGUUAGCACAUUAAACUGGGACUCUGGUGUGUUAUGGAUGACGAAGUUCCAUUAAUGGCUUUCUCCUCAAUGGGAAAAUACAGUAAUGACUAAACAUUGUGUUUUCACGACAGACUGAAAUAAAAAGCUGUAAGCAGAAAAUAUGCCAAAGUGAUAAACAUGUUCUGUGAAGUAGAAUUAUUUUUAUUAUUAUUGCCAUUUAUAUAGCGCCAACAGAUUCCGCAACUCUUUACAGUAUUAUAAGAGGGGGGAUUUAACUAUAAAUAGGACAAUUACAAGAAAACUUACAGGAACAAUAGGUUGAAGAGGACCCUGCUCAAACAGGCUUGCAAUCUAUAGGAGGUGGGGUGUAAAUCACAGUAGGACAGGAAAUAACUUUAUAUACUUGUUUCUACUUUACCACCACCAACCAUGUAAUUUAUAAACACAAAUAAGUGAACAAAACCCACAUGCCAGUUUGCUGGAUCUUUGAUUAAUACACAAGGGCCUUUGUUUGUUUGUUUUUUGCUAAUGAGAAUCUUAUUGUAUGUGCUGUACAACAUUUGCAAGUACAACUCAUUUUUUUUAAAUAUGGAAAAUAUCAAUUAGACUUGCCUGCUUUCAUUACAACAUUAAUUAGUGAAUUCUUCUAGGCUUCGUUAUUUAAACUUUUACACUAAUUAAAAUGUUGUUCAUUAACACUCUAGUUGGAGGGAGAGAAAUUUGGGGCAAUGUUCGGAAACAUAUUUCUUUAUAAAAGAAAUGGUAAAGGAUAAAUAGUGAAACUGUUCUGCAUUAUUAGGAUAUAUACUACCCACUUGCAUUAAAAAAAAAUCUAAAUAAACCCUUUAAAAUGAAACAUUUCUUUUAAAUGGGAUCAUUAACUAACAGGUAAUUAUGGCAAAAUGUAACAUUAUGCCAAAAUCUUGAUUUUUCACUUAUAUGUUCAUCCAGACUUUGUAAGUUAAACAAUUAAAAAUUAAACAAGAUAACAUUAUUGCAAUACUUUGGGCACCUUCUCGGAUAUUAGUACCUGAGGACAAUACCAGCUUCUCACACAGGGAUCUGAAAGCAUUUUUAAGAGCACAGAUUCACAAAAAGUAAUAAGAAUGUAAAUAUAAUAGUUGUAUGUAGGCAAGCAAUACAGUAAGUACAGUUGAAUGACAAAGAACAUGCAUCUGUAUUUUAAAGGGCAGUGGAGGCUGCUUUUGUAAUCGUGGUAGGAGUCGUGGUUGGAUCAUGUUUAUUUGCAAAUGUGAGUUGACUGGUUAAUCUUUUUUCAACCCAGUACUAUACAGUUCACAAAACGCUUAUAUGGUUUCACCUCUCUUUCCGAAUGUAUCGGUCAUCCUAUUUUGAGAGGGUUUUUUCUAUCCUGUGUGCUGCUUUUUUCUAUUGGUUUAGCUCACACAGCCAACACCAGUCUUUGAACUGUCCUUUAUUUGUGUUUCCAUAUGGGUCUCUGACACCAGCUAAGUAUUGAUAUUUGCUUAUCCUUGUUUUUAGGUAUUCUGUUUGUUAACUCUCUGGAGGUGUUGCAGUUAAACCUCGCCAUUCUCAGUACCAGUAAUAGCUCUUCUUUUCCCUUUCUCUUUGUACUUUCCUUUUGCGGUGAGGUCUUGACUUUUGGCAUGCACAUCUGUCAAAUCCUGACAAUUUCUGAAUUUGGCCACGCACCCUCCUUGUAGUAUAGUAGGAACAGAUUUAAAAUACUCAAAGGCAGAGAGUUCUUUAGGACACACAAGUUAAAAUUGUCUCUAGCACAAAGGCUAGUUCUUGUUAACCGAACUUAAACAUGAAAUUUUCUCUCCAGUCCAUCAGAAUAAUCAAUUAUUAUUAGUAUAUGACUGUAUGCUUAUCAUUCUAUUUAUUCUAAAGCAUGUUUAACAAAAGUUUGAAUCUACCUAGUUCCUUAUUAAUGCUAUCAUUAUCUAAUAAUUUGUCAUCAGUGUUGCUGCUAUUGAACACAGCUUCACAUAAAUUCAAGCCAGUUAUAAUGGUUGCGAACAUCAUUUAUUUAAUGGAUGCCAUGAAGCAAUACAGUGAAGACUUUUAGAUUAUACAUAUACAGCUUCAGAAUUCACUGUGUUUUACUUUAAAACUAAUUAAAUGAGAAUGUGUUGAGACUGAUUGGAUGUGGGUGAUGUGUUUAAUAGCACUGUAACAAAGAGUAUUGUCAUCCGCUUGAUAAAUACCUUAGUCAAUUAUUGAUUGUAAACAAGAAAAUCAAUUAUCAUCCUCACUUUAAGGGAAAUUAUUGCCUAAUUAUAAUUUACGUUAAUUCAAUAAGGCAUAGUAAUAAACACUUCCUGGGAUUAAAGUGACUAACACUUUGGAUUUUAUGCACAAUUGUUGCUUAAUUAACUAAUUAAUUAAGAGGCUAAUAGUCAUGGCUACUUACGCUAACAGCCUCUUAGCAUUAUGGUUUUAUUAUACAGAAUCACAGUUUCGCUGGGACUACAAACAGGGUCAAUAGCAUCUAGGUUUCUACAUCCCAUGGUAUCAAUAUGUUCAUAUUAAUUGUGUCCACAUUUUGGUGAUUACUUAAAUAGUGCAAGCUGCUGACAUGAAUACCAGUCCUGCCCUCAAAAUAGGUAAUUUAAUAUUAAUAUACUUAUUGACAUGUACCUACUAAUAUGCAGUAUAUUAGUAGUAGUGCCUUUUUGGGACCUUGUGCAAUAUUUUGAUUGUUGCCAUAUGCUCAAACAUUGGUUUGAGGAAAAGGACUUUGCAACGUUUAAUAUUAUGUAUAGUUAUUCUUCUGAGAACUCCCAGAAGGAUUGCACUAAGUUGAGCAGAAGAUAAGAUCUUCUAAAGAAAACACACUGUGCUGUAAGAUCUGAUUGAAAACUACAUUUUAUUUUCACGCAUGCUGUGUGAGUCACAGGGUUGUGUCUAGGGCUUUAUUAACAAAGUUAAUAAACUUUGUUAAGAUUUGAGCAAUGAGACUGAAUGAUAUAUACACCAAAACUGCUUAACUUGGCUCUUAUUUUGAUGCUUAGGGUGUCCUUUUAAACACACUGCACAUUGGGGGGAGUUUAUGAAUUAGACCUCUUUUUCAAGAAGUGUUUAGAGAUGCUGUUAGAGAUGCUGUUAGAGAUGCUGUUUGGAGCAAUGUUGCUUCCUGGGGCACCAUUAGUACUUAGAAGUCAUACAUUAAACAAGUGGAGGACCUGCAAAUUCAAACUGAAUUUCUAAUUUUUGGCCACAACAGCCUAAUUUCAAAGAUUAUUCAAGUUAGCAAUGCCUUCAAUUUGCUUGUUGUGGCCUUAAAUGUAAACUCACUUUGGACUUUUCCACAAUUCAUGCUUUAGAUUUGAGGGGAGAGGGAGGGGGUUGGGACAAUUUCUCAUUUAAGGGGUUAUGGAGAAUUUUUAUUGAGAAACAUAAAAAAAUUGCACAUGUUUAAGUACAGAAGUAAAUUCCCUUGGUCGAUUCAUUUUAUUGGGUUGAAAUUUUCUUAUUAAAGUUUAGUUGUUUUUUUGUGCAAUAAAAACUGAGAAUACACUAUACUCACCAAUUAAAUUGUGAAGAUCCUUCCUCACUGCAAUAUGUCAGCAAGAAAUAUUCUAUAUUAAUUUGAUAUUUUGUCAUAAAUAAUCAUAAUAUAAAUUGAGCAAAUAAACCAUAAAAGUAGAAAUCAAUAACGCAUUGGAACUGUAGUCUACCAACAGUUGGAAACCUUGAUCUUAGUCAUCUGAGAGGUCCUUCAAAUGGUUAUUAGAGAAUACAUAUGAACAAAACAUGCACGUUUUGUUUUGUUAACAUGAAAGCUAUGCUCCGAGACAGAACUUCUGAAGUAUAUAUUUAAAUUACAAUGACAUAUUGAUUGGGUUGGCCUUUUGCAUUCUUUUUGUAUUCAGAACGCAAUGUAAUUAGCAACAGAAGCUGAGUUUUUAAAGAUCCCCAUUUUGUUGUAUAGUUCAAUGUGUUUGCAUAAUAACGAAAGCAGUGAGUGAAGUAAAAAAAAACACAUAACAAAAACCAAUGACUUUCAAUUAAUAGCAGAUGAAAUUAUACUUACAAAUUGAGACUGGAAAGUAGUACCCUGUGUUUAUAAUAUUAAUUUAGGAACUGAGUGAUAUAGUGCUACAAAAUACACGUUGUUAACAUCCCUAAAAAGCUGCUAAUUAUGAGUAUAGCAAUACAAAAUGAAAUUAACUUGAUUGUUUUAUUCAUUUAAUACAGAUUAUGUAUUGGAGAUAAAUAAGUGUUGCAUUUCAAAUUGCAGUGUACACUCUGAUGCCCAUCCUUAUUCUUCAGAAGCAAAAGAUAUUAGUUGGAAAUUAUGACAUUUAUAUACAGCUGCCAAUUCUUCAUAGGUUAAGUCAUAAUAAACUGGUUUAAUACAAAGACUAGUAUUGGAAUCAGCCAAGUUAAGCUCUUUGUUGCUAGGCAACUGCAGCUCUGUUCUGUCAAUAGUUCUAUUGCAUAUGAAUACAUUUAGGACUACCCUAUAGUAUACCUAUAGAAUAAACUACCUUCAAUUAUGACCCCAUUACUAACUCUGAGUAUUAAUAUUUAAUACUAUUUAUAUAGCCCUAAAUUGUAUUUCUGGCUCUGAAUAUUACUGAGAAUUUACAAUAAGGACCUCACUCUUGUACAAAAUUAAUAAUUAAUUCUUCUUUUAUUAAUUCAUAUAUUUUGCGUCAUUAUUUCAUAAAGCUCUGAAAAAUGUGAUUCCAAAAAGUUUAAUAACUGAUUAAAUCCACGUCAGACACUAGACGGAUGUUCUAUUGAGCACUGAGUGACCUAGGACUCACCAUUUCUUUUUAUUUUCCUUUUUAAUCCUCCAUUGUUCUGUGAGUUUUCUUCAUUUGCCUGGUAAGGAAGGUGACGGAUGUACAUACUACAAUCAACACAUAUUGUAUGCUCGGUGACAAGUACAUACUGUACAAGGCAAUUAAACCUACUUAACAUUUUCCUAGUUAUUUAUGCAUACAGUGGGACCUGCGUGUCCAUUCUUGCAGAAGUGAGAGACCUGCGAGUCGUAUACUGUCUAUUGUUCAUUUUGAAAAAAAAUCGAAAAUUAUUUCAAUAAAAAUAAAUUUACAAAAACAAAAACCCCCAUCGGAUCUUACUACUGCAAACCUGCAAUCAUUUUGCACUUUUCAAGAGAUAAUUGAUUAUUUUAAUUAUCGAUUUCUAACAACAUAAAAAUGGUAAUUCCUUUAGUUUUAUUUUAUUACAACUGAUAUAUGGUUUUGCUGUAAUUCUUUAUUCAUAUGGUAUCAACAUACAACACUGUUUAUGUACCAGCAAACUGCAAAGCACAUAUGUCAAUUUUUAGAAACAAGAAUAGUUAUUUAUACCUCAAAACCGUUACACAAAAACAAAACAUGAAAGAGAGAGAAAGUAAAGAAAGAAAAUCAGAAAUGUAUUAAAGGGAUAAUGGGAAUGUCGGGGUGAGUUUAAGAACAAGGUAGUAUUAUAUCCUUUGAGAAAUUUAAGUCUGGAAGGAGAAUAUCCUGCCUGAGUAUCCUGAUAUGGGGCUCAAACCUUUCUAAACCACCUAUGAAAGUUGUGAACUCUAGUUAUUAUUAUCUGUAAUCUUGGUGAAUACCCUAGAUAUUGGAGAUUUUCAGUUAACAUUUCAUAUUAAUGCUAAGAUUCUACGAAGCAAUAAAAUUAUUUUUGCAAUGAGUAUAUUUUCUUUUUUAGGAUCGCUCUUUAGGUUUGCCCAAUUCAGGAAAUUGUUAUUAUAGAAGGCUCCCAGUCCUUUUCCAGUAAGGCUGUAUGUCUGGGCAGACAACAUGAGGAUAUAUUUGCCACAUUGCCCCGGGUUUGUACCACCACUAUAGAUUUAUAGUCAUCCUACCCAUGUUGACCUUUCUCACUGAGAUGGUAUAAAAUGAUACUGUAUACAUCUUUUUAAUAGCUACAAAGUAUUUUAUUUAAAGGAUCACUGUAGCAUAAGGAAUACAUAUCUGUACUACUAACACUACAGUCCUGGUGUCCUUUAUCAUUUUCCCUCCUCUCAUCUGUGCAAAAAAAACAAAACCCCAAAUCCUCCAGGAUAACGGUUGUAUCCAAUGCUUCGCAUAGAAGAGCAUUACGGAAUGUAAGCACGUGCGCGGCAUUCGCUGUGAUGUGUUUACUGUUCCUCCAUAGCGAAUCAUUGAAUUCCAUGAUUUUCUACGGCCAACAUGAUGAAGUUGUUAAAGUGCCUAGAGUGCCCCUUUAAAUUGCCUUAUGUGUUGUUGAAAGGAAAAAUCUCAUGGUAAAGAGUCAGAUAAUGCCAAAAAUGUAAUGUCGCAGUAGACAUAACAGAAGAUUAUGCAUGAGCACAUGCUUUGUGAUUUUAUAUCCUUUUAUUAUUAUUACUGUCACUUAUAUAGCGCCAACAGAUUUCACAGCGCUUUACAAUAUUAUGAGAGGGAGGAUUUAACUAUAAAUAGGACAAUUACAAGAAAACUUACAGGAACGAUAGGUUGAAGAGGACCCUGCUCAAACGAGCUUACAAUCUAUAGGAGGUGGGGUAUAAAACGGUAUGAAGAAUGUCUGUAGACUCAAUUGUUAGAUAAAAAAAGUCAAUAUCAUCAUUAUUAUUAUUAUUAUUGCCAUUUAUAUAGCGCCAACAGAUUCCGUAACGCUUUACAACAUUAUGAGAGGGGGAUUUAACUAUAAAUAGGACAAUUACUAGAAAACUUACAGGAACGAUAGGUUAAAGAGGGACCCUGCUCAAACGAGCCUACAGUCUAUAGGUCCUAUGCAUUGUAAGUAUGUGCAAACAUUACAAUACACGCAUACAGAUUAAUUCCAGCAAUUCAAUAUGACCAAAACCACAUAGAGACUUAACAGACAUCUUCAAAACAGGUACGAACCCUAACAGGCUUGCAAUAAUUGGCCUGGCAAAAUUAGUACAGAACCUGUCAAAAAAAUAUAAUUUUCAGAGUAUGGACUUAAACAGAAGAAUAAUGCAUAACAAAAGAAAGAACAAAUUAACAGAAUGACAAGAUCCAUGUUUCAAGGACUUAAAAUAAUAAUAUAUAUAAUCAAUUAAUAAUAAUAAAAAAUAUGCGAACAUCAUGCUAUUUAACCUGAGAAGAUGUUUUUAGUUUUUUCCUAGUUUUUUUUAAUACAUCCUGAAAUCUAGAUGUCAUUGUUACUCAACUUAAUGCCAUUACUUUUAUCAAUUUAGGAAAUUGAUACCAACCUUGUGACUCAAGGAUACUGCAGCAAGUGCCAUAUCCAGUCCACUAAGCUAUCACAAUGGCAUAAGAACCAAUGCAUUCAGUUCAUUUUAAGACACUGAGUUAUAGACAUCUGUAAUAUCUGUGCAGAAACUGACAAUAUUCUCUUGAUCAGUGGACCAUGCAAAGAGUUUGAUUACACCCCGGAAAGUAAUAGACAUCCCUAUUACUGUUAGCGCUGCUCCGUGAAAGACUCUAAAGUAUGUUCUCUAGAAAACUGUUUGAUUGGUAAGACUAAAGCAAGAGGAGGGGGAUUUAAAUUGACUAGACAAAGUAAAACUGAAUAAAACUAAAAGUCCACAGGCUUACCACUGAUGUAUCGAAGUGGGACCAUCACUUCUCAGAAAAUAAAAGACAAAAGAAGAAAAAGGAUACCAGAAAGUGUGUGUGUGGGGGGGGGUUAGGGUGGACAAAAUAAGAGAAGAGAGAGAGAGGGCAAAGGUUGAUUUUUAUAACAAUGAUUGAAAGGGAGCUAAAAUGGAGGAAAUCAAUUCCAGAAUAUUUAAGUAUAAGAUUUAAAUAAACAUAGUUACAUAAUUACAUAGUCUGAAAAGAGAAAUGUGUCCAUCAAGUUCAGCCUUCACAUCGGUUGAUCCAAAAAAAGGCAAAAAAAAACACUUUGAAGUACUUCCAAUUUUGCAACAAACUAUGUAAAUAAUUCUUUCUUGAUCCCAGAAUGGCAGUCAGAUUUAUCCUUGAAUCAAGAAAUUAAGAAUGAUAUCCUUGAAUAUUAUGUUUUUGCAAGUAUGCAUCUUGUUGCUGUUUAAACAUCUGUACAGACUCUAAUAAAACCACUUCUUCAGGCAGAGAAUUCCACAUUCUUAUUGUUCUUACGGUAAAAUAAAAACUCUCCUUUGCCUUAGACUCACUCUCCUUUAUUACAAUCUAAACAUGCAAUCUCGUGUCCUAUGUAAAGUCCUUAAAAACAAUAAGGUGAACAGCACUCAAUAUAUAGAUUAUGCACGAAAUCCGAAGAUGUUUAUCUUAAAAUAAAAAUGACACAAUAAUAGUGCAAUAUAUAAUAACAAUUUUAUUUCUACGGUGCCAAAUGAAGACUCACACUUUGUAGAGUUAUAUAAGCUUUAUUUCCUGAGCCUGGACGGAAUAAUCCCCGUCUAUGGAUUUCUAUGGAUAUCAGCACUGCUUGGCUCUCAAGUGGACAUAGGUCAUCAUAUAUAAAGAGAAGAAAAUAAACCCAAUGGUAUAGUAUGUAGGUAAACAAUAAAUGGAAAAAGGAUAAACCUACUUACAUCAACUAGAGCAAUGACCUGCUCUGGUGUGUAGAAUUUUAGGUGGAACAAUCCCCACCUAGGGAUACACGUGGACCCGGAAUAGCAUCAAAGAAAACUGGAGGUGAGGUGAGUAUAAAAAUGAAUGGGUAUAUAUAUUGAAUAAAAAUGUACUUUAUUGUAAAUAAACACAGAGUUAAAAAUGAAGUGAUACAUAAGAGCUAGGUAAAAAAACAGUCCUAUAGUAUAAUCCUCACCCAUCCUCAUUUGACGCAUUUCGCCGAAGCUUUAUCAAAAGUGAAUGCUUGCAGGUCCGGUCCCUGCUGAUAUCCACAAAGAAAUCCAUAGACAGGGAUUAUUCCAUCUAGGCUCAAGAAAUAAAGCUUAUAUAGCUCUAUAAAAUGUGAGUCUUCAUUUGGCACUAUAAAAAUAUCUGCACUACUUUUAUUAUACAUUGCACUAUUAUUGUGUCCUUUAUAUUAAGAUACACAUCUUCGGAUUUCGAUCUCUCCUUUUAACGUAGGUAAUCUAUAUAUUCAGCGCUGUUCACCUAAUUAUUUUUAUCUACUUUGAUUUGUUUUUCACAAGGUUGAGGGAACUCCUUGUUGGUGAAUUGCAGCUGUUAUCAGAUAGAGAGCACUUAUCUCUGUUCUAUUGUAUCUAUGUAAAGUCAUGUUUGUGAAUAGAUUCCCAGACAUGAUUUGUAUUGGCCCGUGAUAUAUUUGUAUAACGUUAUCAUAUCCCUUCUGAGGCGACAUUUUUCUAAACUAAAGGGGUUUAAGUUUUGUUAACCUUUCUUCAUAGCUAAAAUGUUCCAUUCCUUUUAUUAAUUUUAUAGCCCCUCUGCAAUUUUUCUAGUGCCGUAAUAUUCUUAAAAAUAAUAAUAAUAUUAAAAAUCAUAGGAGGUGGCAGUUUCCUUUUAAUUCUCGUGCUGAUAUUAGGUUUAGCAAGAGCUAAUAGUAUCUGACCCUAACAGUGAGCUUUAAUUGACUAGCACUCUCUGUUCCGCUCUACUGUUCUCUGCUCUGCCCUAGAACUCACUAAAGAUCUCAUGGCUACUCCAUUCUAUCUAGCAAUUAUUUUGUUAACUAGCCAAUUUUCUUGUAUUGGGAUGGGGGCAAGGGGGUGCAUAAAGUUCUCACAUGUACACAUAUAUACAUUUAUAUGUACAUGUGAGAACUUUAAAAAAAAAUGUUUUAUCGUUUUAAAGCUGUUUAAUAUGAAGCAGAUUCUAAAAACAAUUUACCGGUAAAUGCCUUUAAUCAUUCUUGUGUUCAUUACAUUUUAAUACCUUCCUGAUUGAUCUCUAAAUUAAUAAUUGUUCCUACAUUUCAAUAAUACUAUUUCCAGAGCACAGUAGCAUAAAAAAAAAAAGAAUGUUAUAAUGCCAUGAAUGGUUUGCAUCAACUGCGUUCAUAUUGUUUCCCCCAAGUGCUAUGCAAUCUAAUUUUAACUUCAUUCAGCAGACCAGGGGAAAUCAAAAAAACGAAAUACAGGGCUAAUUCAAAACAUAUGGAAUAUACAGAUGACAAAUUACCUACGAGAUAAGAGGCAGAGAGUGGCUGCACAUGCACUUUCCUCGGUGGAAAAAAAAAGGUUGCCGGCGUUGCAGGGUUCAUUGCUCAGGCCGUUCCUCUUCAGUAUCUCUCCUAAUGAUGUUACAGAUGGGGUGAAAGCAAAACAGAUUCUCAGCGUGUACGCAUACUGAUCAAUGUACAGCGUUUUAGCUAGGCCACACUUCACUAAAUGAGACUUCGAAGCAGAACAAUCAAGCCUUUCUAAAAACAGUGAGACUGUCCCAAGUGCGUACAUAAAACAGAAUUCAGUAUCUGAUACUGAGUACUUUUACAACUAGAUGCAUUAAAAGCAAAUUGUUAAACUAAUCCUCUCUGUUCUUGUUGUAUUAAGUUGUGUCGCGUAUAUUAAGUGUAUCAGUUACAGUUGCAUUGUCUGUGUAAUUGAUAUUUAGAUAUUUUGCUCUCAUUGAUACUUUAAGGGGGAGAUACAAAUUCUCGCUAUACUUCAAAGGUCUAUGUUCCCAUGAAAGGAAUCAUUAUUGGUGUAUUUUUGCUCCAUCUGCUACGUUAAGAUUUUGGUCGUAAUCGAUCUUAUGUGGCUUGUAUGAAACUUCUCCCUAACUUCAUUCACCAUAAUUUAAUUGGGGAAAACACAGAAGCGAGACCAGAGUGUAAUAAUGCUUGAUCCCAGAGCCAGAUUUAAUAAAUAUGUUGCUAUAGCAAGCGAGUUGCUAACUUCGCUUAGCAGAGUUAUGAGCUAUUAGGAACCAACAGACAUUGGGGGAUAUUUGUCUAUACAUUCCACCAUUAUUUUCAUUGUACUUAUUACAUGACAUUCGAGUAGUAAAUUCUGACAGUUUUCUGAGGAAUUUCCAUUUCAAAAGACCUCCAACAUUAUAGUGGCAGAAAAAUUCCACUACUUUUCUUUCUUGAAAAGAGGCAGAAAAAAACAUAAAUCUGUUGUGUCAGCAAAAAAAAUUAAAAGAAAUUGCACAUUGAAGAAUCUCAGUUUGGGCACAGUAAUGAAACAGUUAAAAAAAAACACAUAUAAAAAUUAGAUGGAAAAGUGACUGUGAUUUUGUGCUGUCUUUGUUCCAACAUAAUUUAAUGGUUUCUUCUUAAAAUUUACAUGUUUUUUUCUUAAUUUUUGAACUAAAGGAAAAUAACUCAAUAUAGACUAACAUAUCAGUCCUGCUUGUUAAGUGUCUUAUAUGUUUCGGAUCCAAAUACAUUUUUGGUAGUUAACGCUAACGCUAUAUAAACCUCUGCCCCCUCACUCUAUACAAAACCUACACCGCACCAUACACUUCCCCUAACUCUAUCCAUACACCCUUACUCUACAAUAUAGCUUUACCCUAAACCUAAACUUACCCCUAACCCUAUCGUCUGAUAUCAGCAAAGAGAUUUUCCAGCUCACACAUUAGAGAAUGCCUUUGUAAGUGCCAUAUACUAGGUGACUGCAGCAUGAAAGGGAGAGCUCCCUCUUAUGCUGCAGCUCCAGCAUGUUGUCCAUGCCAAUUACAAUGUGAUCAGUGCUAAGGCCCAGUGUCAAUCACAAUGGGUAGGGGGCAUGCAGGGAGAUCCUUUCAAGCUUUUUGUGGACCUUGGGGUCUCACUCUCUCAGUGGGCAGGCUCAUCAAUGCAGCAACUGAUGCUGUCCUAAUGGUGUUAUACCCAAUAUUGUUAAUGCAGGGAUCCAAAAAAACAACUGCUAUAGGUUUUUAUAUUUUUUAAAAUAAAGAAUAAUGUAAUUUAGCCUUUGUCUGCAUUUUUUGUAAAACAUAUGUAUUAAUAAAUGACUAAUUUCACUCAUUAUCCCAGCUUAUGAGUGCUCUAACAGGGCAUCCAUCUAUAAGUCCUUAUUAGUGGAGAAAUCCUCUUAUCCAACCAAAAUUGUGCUGGUAAUCAAGAGCUAGUAUGCAUUUACGUAUAUUGCAAUUAUGAAUAAGUGAAAAGCAACUUAAAAAGGUACUCUGGGACAGAUGCCAACCUUCAAAUUGCGUGUAGUCUUUGCAGAGGAUUGGUGCUUCUCACUAAACAAGACUAAAAACAACUGCUCCCAAAGUGAAAGGGUAAGCCAGGAGAGGCACUGAAACAUUUUUAUGCAUUAAUUUCAAAACCCCAUAGGAAAGCAUAAAUUCAAUGCUUUCCUUUGGGGAAGGCCUAAUGCUUGCAGGGCAGCCAUCCCACAUGCUUAUUAGGUUCCCCUUCGCUACGAUGUUGGAGGAGGAGACGGAAUCAUGUAAGUCUUUAAAGGUUUUAAACCCUUUGAUUGCUGUCGGGGCAGAGAGAAACUGUAUUGUUAGAAAUACAGCUUUAUACAGUACAGUCCUUGCCCUCGCCAAACAGUCAUACUUUUCCUCUCAUUAGUUCAUGCUCCCACAAUCCCAGGCGUCUCUUUGACACCUUUAACUCUCUUCUUCGCCCUGCUGUGGCAACCCCCGAACUAAAAUAAAUCUAGUGUUGUGAGAGCACUCUAAAAUAUAACUUUUAUUAAUAAACAUUAAAACGUCCCAUAGAAGGGUAUAUAAAGCUGUAGUCUAAAUAUUUAAUAGAAAGAUAGAUUUAUAUAUAAGGUAGAAGAAAAUUUUUAAAAAAAUCUAAGUAUCUCUCUGAGUAGGUGGGAUACAGAAGGUGGCAAAGGUUAGUAGUACAUAUUGAGGAAAGGUAGGUACAGAUAUUUCUUGGUUAAGAUAGUUGAUAGUCAAGAAUCAAAUAUACCACUAUGCGCUGCAGGAAUAACUGUUGCAACUGUAUAUCACAUAGCUCUAUAAGAAAACUUAUAGUAAUAUGUCCAGCGAGGUCAGCGAGUUAGAUAUUUGCCUUAGGGUAAUAGUAGUAUAGGCAAAAGUAGUUAAACUUGCAGACUGAUAUCUGUGCAUAUAUAAGUGGGAUUAACAGUGAGGGUGCAUGCACCGGUUGAUCCUUAGUCUUGUUAAAUAUAGAUUUCCAAUUCCUAUAUACUUUGCAAACGGCACAUGUUCCUUCCAUGUUUCAAAUUCAAAAUUUUAAAAAAAUAUGUACAAAUUGUAGAAAUACCAACGUUCCCAACUACAUCUAGUUCUUAGAGAGAUCAAAUAUGAGAGUAAGUACACAAACCAGCUAAAUAGUAGUCCUAAUGGAGCCCCAGGAGGGGGGAGUAGUAAGGUUAGAUUUAAAUCGUAAGUGAAAAAGACACUCACUAGGAAAGCUCCAGUGUAUGCACUUGACGCGCGUUUCGCCCGGCAGCCGUCAUCAGGAGUGCUAACCUUACAGCCGAUAGCUUUGCAUGUUACUUUACCGAUGAGAUUGAACAGCUAAGGAAAGAAUUCUCACCACCUUACCAUUCUCUUUCUCAACCACAUGUAGAUCAUGCCUUUCCUACCCUUCAGACUUUCUCCCUGGCCCUCUGAACAAGAGGUGGCUGUGCUUCUCCUUUCCUCUCCCCCCACCACUUACCCAUUCGAUCCUGUCCCGUGUCAACAAAACAAAUCUCUCUCCCCCUGUCUUGUGCCUUCCUUAACACACAUCUUCAACUGCUCUCUCUAUUCUGGCAUUGCCCCUGCUGACCUUAAACAUGUCACUGUAAUACCUAUCCUGAAAAAAACAUCUCUUGACCCGUCCUCCCCCUCUAACUAUCAUCCCAUAUCCCUGCUCCCUUUUAUCUCAAAGCUUCUGGAAAGACUUGUCUUUACCCAUAUGUCACAUUUCCUCAAUUCCAACUCUCUCCUUGACCCUCUUCAAUCUGGCUUCCGCCCUCUCCAAUCUACUGAGACUGCUCUUAUCAAGAUUACUAAUGACCUAAUCGCAGCUAAAUCCAAAGGCCACUACUUCUUCUUGACCUCUCUGCUGCCUGUGACACCGUUGAUCAUGCUCUCCUUCUUCAAACUCUUUAAUUACUCAGUCUCUGUGACUCUGUCCUCUCAUGGUUUUCCUCUUAUCUCUUCCAAUGCUCAUUCAGUGUCUCCUUUUCUAAUGAUCCCUCCUCCCCUUGUCGUGUCUCAGUUGGUGUCCCCGAAGGCUCUGUCCUUGGUCCCCUUCUCUUUUCUCUUUAUACUGCCUCUCUUGGCAAACUUGUUACCUCAUUUGGAUUCCACUACCACCUGUAUGCUGAUGACACCCAGAUAUAUCUCACCUCCCCAGACCUCUCCCCUGCCAUCCUGCAACGUGUCACUGCUUGCCUUUCUUCCAUCUCUGACUGGAUGUCCUCCCGCUUUCUGAAACUCAAUCUCUCUAAACUGAGAUGCUUGUCUUUCCUCCUCCUAAUACCGAUCCAACUCUUUCACUCCCCCUUCAAGUUAGAGUUAUCCACAUAAGUCCAUCCUUGCAAGCGCGCUGUGACUCCGGCUUCACCUUUAAGCCUCACAUCCAGUAUGUUGCAAAAUCCUGUAGAUGCUAUCUUAAAAACAUAGCCCGCAUCUGCCCCUUUCUUACACAAGAUGCUGCCAAGGAGCUUAUCCAUGCUUUAGUAAUUUCCUGCAUGGAUUAUUGUAACCCUCUCCUAAUUAGUCUUCCCAAAAGCUGUAUUGCCCUGCUACAGUCUGUAAUGAAUGCUGCCGCCAGACUGAUUUUCCUCUCUAGUCGGUCCUCUCACACCUCACCCCUCUGUCAGUCCUUACAUUGGCUUCCUGUAUCCUAUAGGAGUCAAUUCAAAGUGCUUACCCAUACCUAUAAAGCACAGAACAAUUCUAGCCCCUCUUAUAUCUCUUCACAGAUCCAUAGGUAUGCCCCUUAGUGGUCUCUCCGCUCUGCCCGUGACCUUCUCCUGUCCGCUGCUCGCACCUGUAUGGCCAACUCACACUUGCAGGACUUCUCGCAGGUGGCUCCCUUCCUAUGGAAUAGCCUGCCUACCGCCAUCAGACUCUCUGCUAGUCUUCAAUUGUUUAAGAAGUGCCUUAAAACCCAUCUCUUUAGGAGUAACCUCUACCUCACAUACUUGUCUCUUGCUCUCUCCAAAAGGGCAGCACUUUACUCUCUCCUGCAACUCAGCUUCACUCCCACCUUAUUUGAUUUCCUGUCCUAAUGUGUUUUAUACCCAACCUCCUAUAGACUGUAAGCUCGUUUCAGCAGGGUCCUCUUCAACCUAUCGUUACUGUAAGUUUUCUUGUAAUUUUUUGUUAAAUCCCCCUCUCAUAAUAUUGUAAAGUGCUAUGGCAUCUCUUGGCACUAUAUAAAUGGCAAUAAUAAUAAUAAUAAGAAGAAGAAGAAUAAUAUAUAUAUUAAUAUUUAUUGAUACCACUUAAAGCAAAGUAAAAUUACAAGUGGUAAGUACAUUACACUCAUUAUUGGUGUAAUAAAAAUAUGCAAAAUGAGCACAAUAUAAUAAGACAGAGCAUAAUAAACAAACAAUCCAACAGCAUGAACACUGAAGAUAAAUCCCACGGGGUCAAAAUGCCAAAGUCCUAUUUCAAAGUCUGGUAACUUUUCACUGAAAUGAGGUACAAAGUUACAAUGAUCUUUAAGUAAUCCACACAAGUUCUCAGAUAUCUAUCAAUGCAGCCUGCAAUAAUAGUCUAUAGACUGUUAUAAAGGUCAAGUGCUCCUACUUCCACCAAAGCCUCACCAAUAACAUCAAUUGUAACAUAACCACAUUGAUAAACAAUUUAUAUAUGUGCACGUAAUUCAUAACUCUAGGAAACUUUAGCAAGAUGUGGUGAUACAUUGUAGCCAUUUGGUGCUUUAAAAAGCCCAAACAAAGGGGCAUGGUUAAUACCUCAACUAGAGAGACACAACAAUCCUAAAUAGAUAGUAACUAAAAAACAUAUUCGUGUCCUAAUAAAAACUAAACCAAAUCGUGAUGAUCAUAUAUGAAGAUAAAUCAUCAUAAAAAAUAUAUAUAAAGGACCAGGCUGACAAUCAUUAGAACAAUCAAAACACAAUACACAUUAUACAGUAAAUAUUAGUACAAAUAUCAAUCAUUACAAAGCAUUACAUUUGAUUAAGAAUUAAUACAUUGAUAUUAGUGUUAAGACUCUGAUAAUACAAAACUUAUCUUCAUAAGAUGGUAACAACUACACACAAUAGGAGACAAAAAUCGAUCUCAUCAUUUAAACGGAUUAAUAGUUCCCAGCUUCAAUAUCCAGUUGGGCACAAACCUGGUAAAAACUUUAGUGCAAUAAUUUUGUUAAAUGAAAACUAGAGAUUGAGUGAACUAUAGUUCCUCUUUAUAAUGGUGCAUUUUCUGGAAACAUCCAAAUUUGGGGAUUGUAGAAAGUCUAAUGGAGCUCACAAGCAGAUCAUGCCACAUUGCACAAACGGCACAUAGAAUGUCUUGAAGACAGAAAUAGAAUUAAAUAAUAAGAGAAGAGGUGGUACAUCAGUGAAUGAAGAAAUUUUGGAUAUAUCUGUAAAAAGGAAUGGAAUACUUGCUUUAGACAGGACUCUGUUUACUAGUGGGAUUGGUUCGUUCCUUUCCUGCAUUCAGUAAUGGCGAUGCAGUAAGUUUUCAAAUUUCAACCAUUAAGUUAUAACAUUACCCAGAUUUAAUAUCAAAUGGUGCACUAAUGGCUGUAGGAACUGGUCACAUGGAAUGAAAAUUGUUUCAAGUAGAUGUUGCAUGUUGCAGUUAAUUCAGCAGAUUAUUUUGGUAGAAAAUGUACGAAACCAUACUUAUCUAAUGAUGUGGACAAAUAGCUUCCUAUCCCAUUAACGAUAAUCGGCAAAUAUUUACAGAAUUAUGACUUUGCGCAUAAACAGUUAAACUCACCAGUAAACCAGAGCAAGAAUCCAGGGAAUUCUAAACACUGGAGAUAGAAUUGUACCAACUCAUUGUUGUACCCUUUACUUUCCCUUUUAAAUCUCAGCUCCCUAUGAAAUUUGCCAAGUUAUAUGUUAGUUUAAUUUUUUGAACUAUUUAUUUGACUUUUUUUGUAACCAUACUGAGGCAAUAUUUUGCAAAAGCAGCAAUUCUAAAUGUACUGCCAUUUCUGUAAAGUCAAAAUGUAGACAAUAAUAAUUUGCAAAAUCCAGCUGGCAUACAAAUGCUCUGAGCCAGAAGUAGAACUCAAUCUUAGUAACUAGAAGCCUAUAAUAAGUGGCAUACUUUUCAACCACCCACAUAGAUCACUGGAACUCUAAAUACUGUAUUUAAACUCACAUUUUCAGUAAAGACUACAGCAAAAUCACAAGUGGAUAACACAUUGCAAAUAAGGUUGUCAACUUAAGAAAAAUAAAACAGUCACAAACACAAUUAAAGGGCUUAGUUAUACGCUUUAAUCAUAACAAUUCAGUUUUUUAAAGCUGACAUUUUCCAUAAUUAUCAGAUUCAUUAUGAACAUGCACACAAAUAUAACAGUACUUAAAGGGACACUCCAGGCACCCAGACCACUUCUGCUCAUUGGAGUGGUCUGGGUGCCAACUCCUAUUACCCUUAGCCCUGCAAGUGUAUUUAUUGCAGUUUUCAUAAACUGCAAUAUUUACCUUGCAGGGUUAACUCCUCGUCUAGUGUCUGCCUCCUAGACAGCCACUAGAGGGCACUUCCGUGUUUAUAGCACACAUUCCGGCUGUCGCGCAUGCGCAAUAGUACUCCCCCGCCGGAUGACGUCGGCGGGGGAGGAGCAUGGGCGGACCCUGAGCCAGCACCGAGGGACAUCGGCGCUGGAUACAGGUAAGUCACUGAAGGGGUUUUAACCCCUUCAGCAACUUGGGAUUGGGGGUGGGAGGGAGAGGGAACUUGCAGUGCCAGGAAAAUGGUUUGUUUUUCUGGCACUGGAGAGUCUCUUUAAAGAAGACAGAGAGAGAGCUACCAAGGCUCAACAUUGGGUCUUUUCUCCUCCUCUACUGUAAAUUGGACAAAAUAAGAAAUUACUGUGCAAUAUACAAAAUCUGGUGCUUUGUUAAUUCCAUUGUAGACAGUAUGUCUGUUUUACAGUCUAAUGCCGCGUUUUCUAGAUACUAAAACAGCAAAACAACUUACAGUGAGUGCAGUGUGUUUUAGUGUAUUGUACAGUUCCUCACAUUUAGCUGUGUAUGGUUUCUGUAUGGUGAGCAAAAUGGUUUUAAACGUGUAAAAAAAAUGUAUUGAUGCUCUACCAUUACAGACAUUUCAUUUUAUUCUUCAUACUAAUUAACCCCAAGGACGGAGGCUUUUGUACAAGUUCUGAACCAAAUAUUUCAGCUAUAUUUCUGUUCAACCAUAAUUUAACUCUUUCAUAUUAAGAGCACCCACUUAUAUAUAAUUUUGUUCACAAGAAAUAAGGCUUUCAUUUCACAUCAAAUACUUAUAUAUAUAUAUGACACAUAACCUAAUUUGGAUAAAAUCUAAAAAAGUGUGCGAAAUUAAAACAUUUUAUUUUCAAGUUCUGCAUGGCGUUUUAAUUAUCAAUUAAAAUGAAAAUCCAGCGCACUCCCUUAUCCACUAAACAGCAACUUUGGUGCUGACAGAUUUUGUUCUAAUCUAGGCAAAAAAUUAUGGGGGUUUAGUUACAUUAUCUGAUCACAAACCCUGGCCAAAUUUAGUGUUCAGAUUUGUUUUUUGCAUUUUUCACACCACCAUUUUUCACACACGAAUACAACAGUACGUUCCACUGUGCAGGUUUUAUGGGGUUUUGGAAAGUUACAGGGUCAAAUAUAGGGCUUACUAAUGAAAUUCUCUGGGAUUUCUGCAAUGGGUUCCUCGGUUGUCAAUCAGGUCUCAAAUAUAUAAUUAUUAUUAAUAUUAAUAAAUGUCGGUAAAGGGUUAAAAUGUAAUUGAACUUAUUUGUUUCGUUAUGCAUGUAAUUUUUUAUUAAAAUAAUACAAAAUAUAAGACAUGAAGAGCUACAUUUGCUGUGUUGAUAACAAGCUAUAGUGACGGAACUACCAUGGUCUCAAUGGUGGCUAUCUUGAGAGGACCCUGCAGUUCCACCUGUGAAGGAGGGGGUCAUGGCCAGGCAAAAUCAUUAUUUAGCAUAUUUACGAUUCAGCAAUAUACAAAAUAACAAUUACAUUUAUGACAAGUGUGUCUCAUGGUGAGGAGGGAAGGUGGCAGAGUUAUUAUUGCGGAGUGUUAGUUUGGGCUGCUCUCUUGCCCAGUUUCCUCAUGAAGUCAUGGACCUGGUGCAGAAGCAGCACACUUUAAAUAGAAAUGUACAGUGCUUUGCUUCCCAACCGAGACUCACUGAGGAGGCCUGGCAAGGAAGCAGCAUGUGUUUUAACUUAUGGUAUAGGGCAUGCCCACCUUGCAGACUGUGUCUUGUCCCCCCAUAGCUCUCUGUAACUACCAUGAUUUUCCUGAAAAUCAUUCUAUUUGUAAUGAAUGCAGAUUAAACCUCAACACUUACUAUCCUUUCAUUCUAAACCACAUCUAACUCUAAAUCCCCCAUCUCUAACUCUUCUAAACCUUAUCAUAAACUAUCCCUGAAUUGUCGACCGAAGAACUCUUCAUUGCUAAAACUUUUCAAUUAUUUAGAAUUUUUCUUUCCCCCAUGAUUUUUUUCUUAAACUUUUUUUAUUGUUAAUACAAUUGUUUUGGGUUAUGUCCCUGUGCUUCUUCACCAUGAUAUCCUUUAGUCCUUGUCCUUUUAAUUAGUGCUAAAUUUGAAUCUAAUAAUACAUUAUCUAUGGUCGUGGCGAUUUACUAAAAUACUGAAAACGUUGGAAAAAUAAAAAACAAAACAAAAAUAAGGAUUGUCAAAAAAAUAAAUAAAAAAUAAUACAUUAUAUCACCAAUUUACAGAACCAUGUCUAUAUUUACGAAUUUUGUAGCAUUGUCCAUCAAAUUAAAUCUCCUGUCUGUGAAGUCAGCUUACUAAUUAUCAUGAAACACCAAGCAUUGUACUGUUUUGCCCUUAGUAAGAAGAGACUCUAAGAUAAUAGGAUGUAACAGUUGAUGUGGUCUUCAUAGUGUAUUUUUGCACAGGCUAUAUUUAUUGCAUCCCUGACUGUCUCCUCUGUCAAGAAAGUAGAGCAUUAUUCAUACUCAGUGCAUACAUUAAUGCUACAUAUAUAUCCAAGGGGAAUGUUUUAAAAGAAUGUCCUUAGACAUUAUUUGUAUUAACGUUUUCCUCAGAAAAACACAAAUUCACAGCUAGUAACAAUAAUUACAUGUCAGAGGGUAUGUGCAAGAAAUAUACAGAUACAUUUUAACCAUACAGAAUGCUCAACACUGAUUAUGCACUGAAUAGGUUUUGUGUUACAUUUGUUUGCGAACUGUAGUAGGUAUGGUACCAGAAGUGCUCUGGCACUCCCCUAUUGUAAGUAGGCAAACCAUUUUAGAAUGGUUUGAAUUGUUAGCUGUGGCCCCCAUGGUGCCAUCUAUGCUUCCACUACUUAUAGAGAUCCAAAACCUCCUGUUGCUUCAGAACUUAUGCCCAGCAGUUCAAGGGUAGCUCUUUGGAUGAAAGGGUCAGCUGAUUGCUCUCAGCCAGUGAACUAAGCCCUGCACUGCUCAGCUCAGCUCGAACAUAGAGCAUCUGGCUCCUUGAAGGAUGUAAUGGAGGCAGGGAGUAGUGCCCACGGACCUAAGGUAAAAGUCAAAUAUUUUCUAAAACAGUUUGACUUACACGACUGAGUGCAAGGGUAAUCUUGGCAUGAUAACCCCUAUAGCGAUUUCUGCAAUGUUCCUUAAAUAUUAUACAUAAACCCUCACUGACCUUCAAACUACUCCAGUGCAAUUCCAUCAAGCUGAUUCUUCAUAAUUUAUUAGCAUUGUGACCUGCAAACUGUCAUCCUCUCCCUAUUUGACUCACUCUGUACAGUGCUCAUGCAGUCUGCAGCAUAAGUUGGGAAGGGAAUCCAGACAUAUUUGCCAUUUAAUAGAAAUACUAAAUGGCAUUUGCCACUUUCGACAGCUCUGCCUCUGUACACGAUAUCGAUGCAAAGAGAAAAGGCCUUUAGUAACUCUUGGCUUACAUUGGCUGGGAAGUUGCUGAGUAGGUGUCUGUGGAUGGUUGCUGCCUGGCGCAGGCCUUCCUGUCCUCUCCUGGCACCCUCUUGAUUCUCGGUCAGGCUAGCUUCCACCCGCUCCUGUAGAAGAGUCCAGAAGCGACUAAAAAUGUAAUCCAGUCACAGGAUGUGACUGUGUGCUCUGUGGAUUAGGCCAGACUCCAAUAUGCUCAUAGGAUGGGGAUCCACCAAUUAAGAUAGUCAAGGUUCUGCUCGGUAGCAGCAAGUGACAAGAAGUAGGUGCAGUUAAAGCAGGCAGAAACUGUCCAGAAGGGACUGGGUUAUCCUCCACCAGUACAAAGGGGGGAGGAGUUUGGUGGGCCACAGCAUGAGCCAAUGAGCAAGAAGAGAGGCUGCCUCUCCCAAAGUCUGUCUCUAGCAGUCCACAACCAACGUGUCGGGAACCAGUGGUUGUGCAACUCAGGUAAAGUCUCAAAAGAGUUGCCUGUGCACCCCUGACAUGGGAACUAUACCUUGGUAAGUUUUUGAGCUGUGUGGCUGAAAUCAUUUUCAAGAUUAUCUAAAUAGACGGGAGCUCAUGCUUCACACGUCUAAGCUGCUCUAAGGAAAGGCUCCGCCCCCCUACCUGACAUUUUUAAUUCUAAUUUGCACAUGUACUUUGUUGAAAGAUUUACAUUCAUGUUAUUUUUUCUAAGCCUGACCUAUGGACUACAAAGCCAGGUACAACACAUAAUCUCUUGUACUUUGUAUCCCAAUACUUUUCAAAAAUUUAAAGCGUAAAGUAUAGUAAAGUAACUUCAUUUAAAUUCUUUAGGAAUCCCUAAACAGAAAUAUAUAUAUACAAAUGUGUGAUUUUUCGACACCAUUUCAUUCGCCAGCAGUGAAUGCCUUGUUUCAAAUAAAUGGGUUUGUUUUUUAUCUUUGCAAAAUAACAGUAAAGGGGUUAACAAGCAUGCAUUAUCAAUGUGUAACAAUUGUGAGCAUGUUUGUUUAUUAUAAUGAAAAAAAUGUAUAUAUAUUUCUUGUUGAUAUUCAUUAUAUCAGAUUAAUUACAGCUGCUACUUUAGGCUUGGAAUAUUUAUGUUUUCAAGGAAACUAGAAAUUGAUUAUCUGGUAAACAUAUGGGCUUUUGAGCCAAUCGGAAACAUUUUAUUUUAAUCACAGUUAUUUAAUGUAAACAGGAAUGAAUAAUCUGUAAAUGCUACUUUCAGAAAAAAAGUUUAACAUUUUUGGAAGUAUAAAAUUAUUGUGAGUUAAUGCCAAAGAUUAAAGGAGAUCUGUUACUUACAAAAUAUUUGCACAGUGGAAUCUCUAACAAAACUGCUAUUGGUUGUGCGCUACAUUUUUUAAAAUCAAAAUCUCAGUAGCAUAAUUGUUUUCGUUUCUGUGCCCAGCUGUGCACACUAUACUCUAAAUUUAGUAUAACCCCUGUAAAAAUAUAUGCAUGUACCAUCUUUCCUUGUACAAAUUUGAGUAGACUUGAGGCUUGGUUUAAAUUAAUAUAUAUAUGUGGGGGUAAGUGACUCUAGAUCCCCUGGCUGAAGGCUGAAUUCACUGAAUUCACUUUUCUCACCUGAACUUACCUUUGCCUGCCCUCACUGGCCACCGGACCCUCAGCAGCAAUGUCACCAUUGGGAGUGAGGGGUGUUUGCAAAUUAUGCAAAGUGUCUAUAUUGUGACAGUGCCGGUUUAAGUAAUAAUAAUUAGUAGAUAAACUAAGAAAGAGUUUACAUGUUUGAAGAAAUCAUUUUCCAUAGUUUUGCUGAUGUGAACAGGAAAAAAAUAACUGGUUCUAUUUUAUUAAAUAAAAGUUAUGCCCAAGUAAGAUCUAUUUAAAUAAGAUUCUCAGUAGACUUACGUACGUGGCAGAAUAAUUUUUGUCAAUCCAUAUGAUCUACCUCAUCGUUAUCCAGUUGUGAUUUACCAUCAUUCUAUUGUGUACCAAAACCAGAGAGAUGUCCUGCAAGUGGGGAUUGUAUACCACUGCAUGCUGUUUUACCUAGAGCUGGUUAUAGCUCUGCCAUAUGUGAGUUGACAUCUUAUCUAAGUGUCGUAUGUCCUACCACGUACUACCAUAUUGCACUAUUAGUUUACCUUUUCAUAUUCUGCUAUUAAGCGAAGCUACCAAGAAAGUCCCAUACCUGGACUAGAAUAUCUAUUGCCACCUUUGAGACUGUGCCGUACCAUUUGGUAUUUUUAUUCUUUCAAGUUUUACUGUGGACUCUUUUAUUAUCCUGUGUGUUUUUUAUUGCUCUUAUUGAUUGUAUUGUUCUUAUUAUUAUAUACUAUUGUGUUUGGAGUAUUUUUCUUGGCACUACAUAUAUAUGGUUGUUUGGCAUGUGAGUAUUGUUCUAAUAUGCAGCCACCAGAAUAUAGGUAUGGUCCUCGGGCUAUUAUAGGAAAAUCAAUAUUCUGAGGACCAUUUAUGUUAAUAUCCUGUUGUAAUCUGAGCAGGAAAAAGCAGGGGGUUGUGCUAUUUGGGUGUAUUUCUUUUUCAAUUCUACCAACAAGUAGACACCAAUAUGUUGAAUUAUAAUGUAUUAUUUUUCUUUUUGCGUCUAAGCAGUGCUUCCACUAUGAAAAUUAUUGUCACAUGCCUAACUCAUGGCCAUUCCCCAGUUGGAAAGAAGAAAAAAUAUUCAGCACUUCAUAAACAAAAUUAUAACGUUAGCACUCUAAAUCAAUGAUGCCCUAAUUCCUAAUAUUAGUAACACAAAUAGUAGUCUUUAAAAAUACGUUCCUAGCUGUAUUUCAAUGAGUUAUACUGUUUGAAUUAUAUUCAAUCUCAGGCUGUGGUUUUCUUAGUUACUUUGGGCCAGGAUCCCAUCUAAUAUUGACUAUAAAUUUAUUUUAGUUAAGCCUUUAUUUCCAAGGACUAAAAUGGCCGUCUGCCAGACCAUAUAUUAACAUCUACUAGGUUUUUGGAACAAUUUAAUUUUAUUCUUAGAUUGACCCUUUCAAAAGCAUUUUGCUUUGGAAAGGUCUAGAUAUUCUUUACAAUUUUGCAAGGUUAAUUCUGCAUUAAGAUUGUGACAAUGUAAUAAAGAUAAUAUUUCCCUAGUGAUUCUCCUGAUGGUUAGUAUAAUAAAAUAAUCUUAAGGUUGGUAAUACAAUCAACUGGUAAUUGAAAAUACAUUUACGCAUGCCACAAUGCUUCGGGAAAAACAUGAUUUUUAGUCUUGUUGGAUGUAGAAAUUAUUUCCUUCAUCUACAACUAGGAAUUAAGUGGACAAGUGGACAAUAUCUGCUGUAGUAUUAUGAGUUGCCUAUUAGUUUAUUAGUAAUCUGUGAAAUAAAUUAAACUACUGACAGAUCUCUUUCAAGGUCAGGUUAUUACUGUCGCAGUGAAGCAGUUGAUGAAGAAUUAAUAUAGUAGGUUCUCCUUCCUGGGCUGUUUCAGUGAACAUCUCCAGGUUAAGCAAAGUGUCUUGCAACAUCAGAAGGAACUGUACCCCAAGGAGGUAAAGUGAGUUCCUUCAUUGGUGUGCACUCAAUACUCUCCUAAUCUUGUACAUCUUGAUAGUUUUCAGUGCUGGAGUGUGAGAUCAGUAUUUGUUAAAAUGUCAUUGAAGGUUAUUUCUCAAAGUUUUCUGUUUGUAAAGUGGUCUCAAUUACUAGAAUUGGGGCAAUCACAAUGGGAACCAGUGCAACCAACAGGUACAUUCCAUUGGUGACUCCUUCCCUUUUACAUGUUUGCACUUCUAUCUAGUACAAACAAUUCCAUAAAUAUCCCCCACCGGGAUUGCUGUUUAAAGAAUGAGUGAGUGCACUGGAUAUUAUAUGAUAUGAUAUUUAUAUGCACAUUCCUGGUCCAGCUGGUGUGUUAUAGAACUGCUAAAAUAGGAAAAUGAAUUGGAAAUUAACUAAUUAAGCGUAUAGUGUUUUUAUCGCUCUGCUAUUUACUUGCAGUGUCAGAGUACCAAUUAUUGUGGUAUCAGGCUCUCAUUAGAACAAUAAUCUUGACACUUUUACAAAGUGAUAUUAUAUCAGUAACAACUGUGAAGGGAAACAUGGUUAAUAUUAGAGGAAACUGUUACCACCUGUUAUUUUUGUAUCCGUUCAUUUGUGAAAGAACAGUGCAACACAUUUCAUUUAUAUAAGUCCAACCAAAUCAUUCAAAGUUUGAGAUUUUCCAGUAGGCGAGUGAAAUGGGUAUUUUCUGACCAGGAUCUGUAACCCUCUUUUGGAUGACCAACCUUUUUUUCUUGAAACCUUGUUGAUUCAACCAGUUGGGAGAAAUGAUCAGAUGGACAUAGAUUCUGGAUUUCUUUGGUAAAAACGCAAGGUUCAUCAAGGUGGUCUUUUAAUACAUAUUAAUGAGUGACAUACAUUCAAAAUAAUUCCAAUAUGUUAUUGGUUAGUAAAUUAUCUUUAAGCAAUAAACAGGAUAACGUCCAAAAGUAUGCUCUCUUCCAAAAAAGUGCUUUUAAAGUCUGUAUACAGGGUUAUUCACUUAAUUCCAAAUUUUAGUGAACUAAUUCCUAAUGAUAAAAUCGACAAUUAAAUCACGAAUUUAAAAAAAAAUCUCAUCUCAGCAUUAGUGACCAGUUGACUAUUUUAACCUUAAUUUUGCUAUUUGGAUUUCAUUUGCUAAAAUUUGGUGUUUAAUAAAUAACCCUGUAUAUCCCUGCUGGUUAUGCUCAAAACACAGUCAGCGUUUGGGGUUUAGUAAACAAAUUCUGUUCCCAACAAAAUAUUAAUAAUGUCUUUUGUGAAAAAAGAAAUGAAAAUCUUAUGUCAAGUGAAUAUUUACAUUUUUUUUCAAAAUUAAAUUAGAGUUUUUCUUGCUUUUUAGGGUCUCAUGACUCCUUUAGCUUCUACAUUGACGAGGCUUCUCCAGUGGGACCAGAACAACCAGAAACCGUCCAAAAUUUUGUGUCUGUGUUUGGUACUGUUGCUAAAAAAUUGAUGAGAAAAUGGUUAGCCACUCAGACCAUGAAUUUUACAAGCCAAAUGGAGGCUGGCAUAAGAUAUUUUGAUCUCCGGAUUUCAACAAAGCCUAGAGACCCUGAUAAUGAAUUGUAUUUUGCUCAUGGAUUAUUUAGUGCCAAAGUGAAUGAAGGUCUUAAAGAAAUGAAUGCCUUUCUGUCCAGUCACAGUAAAGAAGUGGUCUUCUUGGACUUCAAUCAUUUUUAUGGGAUGCAAAAAUACCAUCAUGAAAACCUAGUCCAAAUGCUAAAGGACAUCUUUGGGAAUAAAAUGUGCCCAGCUAUUUUUGCCCAGGAAGUUAGCCUCCACUAUCUGUGGGAGAGGAAUUAUCAAAUCUUGGUGUUUUAUCACAGUCCAGUAGCUCUCGAAGUUUCCUUUCUGUGGCCUGGGCAAAUGAUGCCGGCACCCUGGGCAAAUACCACGGACACUGAAAAACUCAUUCAGUUUCUGCAAUCUUCAGUCGCUGAACGGAGAAAGAAAGGAUUGUUUUUUAUCUCUCAGGUGGUACUAACACCAAAGGCUAGUACUGUGGUUAAAGGAGUUACCAGUGGUCUGAGAGAAACCAUCACUGAAAGGUAA